UGCAUUUGUUCUGAGCUUGUAUUUUACUAAAGUGCUUUGGUUGCUGAUGAACGUAUUUCUGAGAGCGCGCAGAGUGCAUUCCUCUCGCGAAUAAUCACAGCUGGCAACCUCCGAUCUAGUGCUAAGAGUCAUGCCUUCUAAACAGAUAAGACCUCAGUAUCGCUUAUUUUACAAAACAAGUGCUAGAUGGCGGGUUUCGAAUUUUAGGGAUGAAGAAUCACGCUCUUCACUCUUUCUCAGUCUUUGUCCCCAAGAAGAAAGGAGAAGCGGUGGGCGGAGUUUGCAGGUGGGGCAAGGCGCGCUGCCUGCGCUUUUCCCCUCCCACAAGAAUUUUUAGGACAGGCCAAUCGGGAAACGAAGAACCGGAAUUCUAUUCACCUCUGCCCAAUAAUAAGUCUGGCGGUGGGCGUGGCCUCGGUCCCUUGAUAGGGGGGCGUGCUAUAUAGAGCCCUGAGGGUGUGGCCAGGGGAGCGUGCGCCCGCUUCUGUACGCCAAGGAGGGGCGUGGUUUCCUUCGGCGAGAGGGCGUGUCCUGCAGUUGGGGGUGGGUGGGGGGAGGCAGGCCGGGCGCGCGCGAGGCGGAGCCCGGCGGGUUGGGUCGGGGCUGUCGCGAGCCAAACGGGCAGAGUCUGGCGAGCUGCGCUGCGCUGCGGCUCGGCCCGCGGAAAGGUUUCGUUGAUUGGUUGCGGCGCGCUCGUGCCGGCGGUUGCUAGGCUCCUGUGCGCCGCCCCUCCCCCAGGUACGUGUCGCGGCGCCGUCGCGCUUGCUCGGUCGCCUCCUCUGUCGGUCACUGUGCCGGCGGCGAGUCCCGGGAGGGAGCGGCCUCCUCGCUGGGGCUUCUCAGGGGCUGGCGGGCGGGCGGGCGGGGGACGAGCGGGAGCGCGCCGCGGUAGGUGAGCCCUGGCGCCAGGGAAGCUUCGUGGGGGCGACGGCGGCGGCAGCGGCAGCCAGCACCGGCGCGGGGCCCUCGCAGGCCCGGGAUUCGGGGAGCCCCCGAGGCCUCUCCAAGGAGCUCUGGCUCCAGCUGGAUCUCCUGGCGGAAUUCAAACACUCACCUCUCCUCCGCUGAUCCCUCCGCGCUCGCUCGCUCUCCCUGCGCCCCGAAUCUCCUCCACUCUCGGGCUUCCUCCUCCCCACGAGGAGCAUCUCACCUUGGGCCUGGGCCACGGUCUUCCCUUCCCGGAGGGGCGUCUGAUGGUAAGGCAGGUGGGGGGGGCGCAGAUCGGGCACCCACCAGAAUGCAGGUGGACGUGCGAUACUGGCUGAGCAGGUGCAAUUGGCGCUGGGAGCACUGCUCUGCUCUCCUCGUGUGUGUGUGUGUGUGUGUGUUGAGCAUUGAGGUGCGCCGCAGGCAGGGUCGGCGAUACUGGGUUGCGAUUGAAGGGUCUCUGGAUUGCUAGGCGGUAGGAACGAGUGGCCUUGGGGUACCAUGAUGUUUUGUUGAGACUGGGAAACUGGGCCAUCUAUAACGGGUAGGGAAAUCUUUGAGGUCCUGCUAGAAGAUUGCUGCCGUGCCUUUGCCAUUUUGGGAGUGUUGCAGGCCCCCUUUCAUUAAAAAAACUGCAGUUGCCUGCCAUGUUGAGGAAUGAGUUCUCUGUUAGUUUGUGUUGGACGAGCAAGCUGCUGUAAGGCCUAGGCUAAGUGUUCUGUUUCAGGAGCUCCCUUUUUAUAAUACUGUCAUGCUGAAUCUCAGAAAGAUCUAGCUAUAUGGUUCAACAUUAUAUCUGCAAUCUAAUGUAGCAAUGCUAAUUUCUAAGGCCCUCAAUCUGCACCCACAGUUCCCUGAUUGAGAAGAAAGUGGUAGCUGAUAGAAUUACUUGAUGCUAACUAUAGUAGUAAUAGCAAUGCCACUCAAUGCUUCAGAUCUGUGUUCCACAUACAAUCUCUGUAAUCCUUGUAAGGUUGCUACCUAAUUCUGUGCUGUUAUUGUGGGCUGGACUAUUUGGCCAAUAUCUACAGCUGGAAGUGCUAGAAACUUUAUAACUGCUAAGUAGGAGCCAUUGCUUCUCUGUAGGUACAUGUUUAUAUGCUGGGACUGCUUUAGAGUCUGUAUCCUGGAGAGCUAGGCCUGCAGGAAUCAUUGACACUGAACAUGUUAAGUGCAAGUUUGUUUUUUAAAAAAUCAAUUUAUUCACCAGAGGUACUAUUGACUUGUAAAGCGAUGCCUUGGAACCAUUAUUCUUGUUGUAGGUAAUGCGGUCAUGAUACCAGUAAUUGCUGGCUGUUCCACCACAUGCAGAAUGAGCACUGCAUUCCAAAAGCUUAAUCCAGUACAGGCAUCUAGUACAACUUAUAAAAAAGCUCAGUAUAUUUAGAAGCAACGUGUAAGGGCGUGUUAAAACAGCAGCUUUCCUGGUCUGGUGUUGUAGUGCACAUUUGGAAAUGCAAUAGUGAGGCUAGAAAAGGCAGUAUAGUAUACAGUACAUCACUCAGUACAUUUCCCAGUAAUUUUUGCUGGCUGUGUCCAUGGUUAGGGGACCAGUGUGCACUGAAGUACCCUCUGUGUAAUCACUGCAGGGAUUGGAUGUGCUGAAUUGUAUAUUUGAUCCUCUAAAUAGGGCACACCCACUUGAUGUUAAGAUGUUUAAUGGAUUGGAGUCCUGGGGAAAUAACUGAUUUAAAUUUCACUGAAAACACUUUAGAAAACUAAGCUACUGUACAUGUAGUUCUUUCUAAAAUGCUUCUUCAGGUAGCUUGAUCAACUAUUCUAAAGCAAAUUCACUGAAGAUGAGGUAGGGAGGUUCCUUAGAAGAGAUAGCUGUGCCAUUCAUCUAGCAAAAAAAAAAAUGUUGGUAGUAUGCAUAUUUGCUAGCAAAAUAAUUUUUGUCCUGUAUGACUUGAGAAAGUAGUAUGACCAAAAUGAAGCUUGUUUUUACCCUAACGAAACUUCAGAUUUUUUUGAGAAUGUGGAAAUUGCUCCAUCUUUAACAUGCUUUGUGUUUUUACAUGCGAUGCAUUAGAUCUAUAAAACUAGGUAUUAGCCCUUUGAGAGAGAGCAGCAUGACUUUCUGCUGUUGUGCUCUUUCCCACUAAUAUUUCACAGUGGAAAGUUACAUUGUAAACAACUUCCAUAUCAACUUAUAUGUCACUUGCUGAUUAUCAGAUAGAUAAAGUCCUGUACCAUGUUUCUAAGAUAUUUGGGUCCUUGAAUACAUUUCUGAUAACUAAGUAUUUGAUACAAGAACAGAUAUGGAUGCUUGACACUCUCUGGACCAACUAGAAAUUUAUUAUUAGCUGGUAAACUGAAGAUAUGCUAGGACAUGUGAUGUUUCCUGAAGGGAGCCUUUAAAGUGAAGUAUAUAUUCAGUGCUAUUAAAAAAUAGUAAGAAGCAGUUCUAUAAAAGCUCAAUUCUAAAUGACAACUUCCAUAGGGGGAAGCCUCAGCAGUCUGUUGCAGUAAAACUGAUAGUGUUGUGGCACCUUAAAGAGUAAUGGAUUUAUUAGGACAUAAGCUUCCAUGGUUGUUAAUCUUUUUGCAAUCAGAAUGGGUGCCUUCUAGUUUGUCACUGCUGGCUGAAAAGUAAUGACUUUCCUACCCUUGUGUCCUACAGACUGGAGGAGGAUAAGCAUUUAGGGGAAGUUUAAUGUGUGGAAGUGGGUUCCUCUCUUCUGAAGAAAAGUGGCCCCUGUAUAGUAUCAAACCGGGGGGGGGGGAACCUUCUGACAAAAAUGCCCAUUAUCUACACACCACUUUAUGCUAAUUUGCUAAUUGUUAAACUGUGUGGAGGUACAGUACUGUGCUGCAAACAUGCAAUGAUUAAUUAAUUAGUUUGGACUCCUAGGCUCCUUUAUUUAUCCACUAACAGUAAAGGCUUUCUGUUGCAACUCUGCACAAUCUUCUGUUCUGAGUGUAUGUCUUGCAGUUGGAUUCCACUGGAGGUGGGCAAUUCUUUGCUGUCUCUGCUUAGUUUUCAGUAGAGCAUUCAGUUACUCCCCAGUUCAGAGAUGCAGCUGAAUUACCUGCCUUGAGAGAGGAGGUGCUUGUUGCAUCCACUCAGGAUGCAUAGCCUAAAUAUUAAUUCAGAAGCAAAGUCGGGUAAUGCCAUUUCACAAGGCAUAAGGCAUCUCAAAUUCUAAUUCUGAAAAAUGCAUCCUUCCCUACCCAUCUUGAAGUUUGUGCUACUUUGCUACUGUGCUACUUCAGACUGAUGGCAAUCAGCAUAGCUCCUGUGACCACUGCAAAUGAGUUUUUUGAGUUUGUAUGCCUAUUUUCUGCGAAACAUUGAAUGAAAACAACUGAAGUGUGUUGAGAACAUGGUUCUGAAACUCUAGAUCAUUUUGGAGUAAUGAAAUUUGAAACAGGACAGCACUUAUAGGGGACUUUCCUGGCUGUUAUUUAUGCUGGGAUGUUAGCUUUGGACCCAUUCACAUACACCUAGAUGUUUCCAUUUGAUCUGUUUUCCAUUUUUCUUACAUGUGCUUCCUGCAGUUGUCCUUUUGUCUAAACAGUGUGCUGGAACCUCUGGCACCAGUGUGAAGAACCAGGAAUGCAUUCUUGAUGCUAAAUAUUUUGGCUUUGUUUCAGUAAACGUGGGAGAGAAGCCUUAGCUUCCACAAGUCUCCUCCUUAUUAAAUGCAGAUUGAUUGACACAUACUUGAGUUCAGUAGUUUAAACCUCAAUACAUGUGAGGUCCUACUUUUUCACUUUUCCCAUGACCUCCUAGAAGUCAUGUGAAGAGGGAGGUUCUGGUAUGUUUUGAGUAUCAUUGUUAGUUCUCUGCAAGCACCCAUUAUAAUUACUGGGAUUACUAAAUGCAGUUCAGUAUUUCACUCUCUGACAAGCUGUUGAUCAUACGACUUUAUCUCAAGUAGGGGCUUUUAUUUUCCAAAGUAAUGCGUGAGAUAAAAAAUAUUUGUAUUAUUAUUAUUAUUAUUAUUAUUAUUAUUAUUUGUACCCCGCCCAUCUGGCUGGGCUUCCCCAGCUACUCUGGGCGGCUUCCAACAAAGAUUAAAAAUACAUUAAAAUGUCACACAUUAGAAAUUUCCUUGAACAGGGCUGCCUUCAGAUGUCUUCUAAAUGUCAGGUAGUUGUUUAUCUCUUUGACAUCUGAUGGGAGGGCGUUCCACAGGGCGGGCGCCACUACCGAAAAGGCCCUUUGCCUGGUUCCCUGUAGCUUUGCUUCUCGCAGUGAGGGAACCGCCAGAAGGCCCUCGGUGCUUGACCUCAGUGUAUAACUGCUACAAUAUCAAAAUAUGGUAGAAUUACUGAAAUACUUCAGUGUAAAAACAGAAUUUUUGAAUGUUGAGGAUUUUUGUUUUAUUGGUACAUGGGUGUCCUGGACUGUAUAACCCUUAUUAAUCCUUAAUAUAAUAAAAUAAAAUGUUGCAUCUUUGAGGAGAGUGUCAGAAAAAAGAGAUCAAAUAGUGGUUAGACAACGGUGUCAAGAUUCAAAGUUCCAGGAUACACUAAUCCAUUGGUUGUCAACCAGUGUGCUGGGGCACCCUGGGGAGACUUGAGGAAUGUUCAAAGGAGCCCUGAAUGUUCUUUCAUUAACUUGCAGCCCAAAUCUUCCUGCAAUACUUCUCUCUCUUUCUCUCUGAGGAACAUUCAGGGCACCCAGCCGGGGCAGAACAGGGUGGGGCAGGGGCGGAAUGGGAGAAUCCCCACUUACACAUGUCCUGUAAUGGAACCCCAGUGUAAAUGGCUCUCACAGCGGAGCGACAGAAAAAACGUGGUUGGUCAAGGGAGCCACGGACUUGAAGGUUGAAAACCACUGCUAACAAAUUAAAAAUUAGCAAGUCUCUAGUUGAUGGCUUACACCUGCUACCCAAUAGUUUUUAAAUAACUUGAAUAUAAAACUAGAUCUUUUAAAUAUAAGGAAUUUGCUGUAGAAAUCUACCAUCUCACCAGAAGAUGAGACAGUUACAUAGGGUGGGGGUGUUUUGUUAAACUCUGUAAUUAACCUAAUAAUAAUAAGUUGGUGGAAAGUAUUACUAAAGCUUGAAUUGUUAAAACAUACAGAAGAACAAGCAUCAAUGAGAACUAAUAAAUGUGGCUUCUAUAAAGUAAUAAAUGUGGCUUCUUGCCUCCCAUAAAAUUUGUGAGUUCUUAAAUGUCAACAAGACAUGCUCCAUGUCUUUUCUGGUUGCUCAAAGCAGUUUACCACCAGUAAUUAAAGAUACUAAUAAGGACAAAAUCCAGUUACGUAGUAAACUAAAUCUACAGGAAGGCCUCUACCAAAAACCAUCCUAAAGAAAUAGGUCUUGCUUUCCUCAUAAAAAUAAAGCAAAGAGGUAGAUGUUCUAACCUAUAGCUGCUAGGACACAGUUUGGGAAUGGUCUGUGCAUCUGAGUUGUUGCAGUUGUAACUUGCCACAAAGACACUACAAAUAACAAAGCCUGUUUACUGACCUCACCUCAGCAGACUAGUAUACUUUGAGGUAUGUGAGUCUAGGCUAUGCACGGCUUUAAAGCAGGGGUAGGAAGCCUUUCUUGGCCCAAGGGCUGCAUUCCUUUGCGGAGUGAUCUGGCCACUGCAUACCACUAGUUAGUGUGGGGACAGAGGCAAAGGUGGCUAGGGCAGUAGAUGCCACUAUUGCCUUUGUACAAUAGAAUAUAUUUUAGCCAUGCAUAAGCCAGAGAAUUCUACACACAGAAACAAACACAUACAUAUUCUAUAGCUCUCCAUCCAGGCAAGGAAAAGGCAUUACCAUAAUUUAAGGGAUACUGUUCAGCAAGGCAAGGGAUUACCAUAAUUUAAGGGAUACUGUUCAUCCCAGGCCUGACAUUCCUAAUUCCUGCUUUAAAGGUUAACACAAGUACCUUGAAUUGGACCUGGAAGCAAAUUGUUAACUAGUGCAACGGAUGCAGAACAGGUUGAAUAUGGUUGUGCUUUUCAGCAUCUGUCAGGGCUGGCUGGUGCAUUAGUGUACAGAGUGACAAGGUGUUAUUAAUUAGUCAGAAUUUUGUGUAAAUUAUUACUUGCAGCUUUUCAUUACAGUUUAGUAAUGGAAUAUCAUAACAAAAGUAUGUGAAACCGGUAAUUUUAAUUGUAGGUAGUUCUGAUCGGAUGCACCUAAAUGAAUAAUCAGGUAAGGUUUUCUAUCUCAUAUAUCAUUCAAUAUAUUCUGUGAUGUUAAAAUACUCCCAAAUUUUUACUUAGAAACUCCAACAGAUUUCGUUUUUGGGGAGGGGAUUCCUGCUAUGGCUUUCAGAGUAGUUAUAUAUUCCUCAUGUCACUUAAGGCAUUGCUGCUUAUGCUACUUAAUUUGCAGUCACAAGGGUCAGGUCACUAUGAGACAUUUAGGAGCUAGCAAAAAACUAGAUAGCCCUGUAUAGAACUGGAAUUCACAAAUAUUUAGAACAAUUCAUUUGUUUGGGUGAAGGAUUUUUGCUGCUCUCACUAUAAUAUAUGCAUACAGGGUGGAAUCAGAGAUGUAAAGUUUCUGGAAAUUUUAAAGCAAUGGCAAAAAAAGAAGAUGGGGUAGGGGAGGGGACGGAAGAAAAUUUUGGGGAGGAUACCAACAUACAGUUUCUGUGGAAACCCAACUAGAUGGGUGGGGUAUAAAAAAUAAAAUUAUUAUUAUAUGCAAUACUUGUUUAAAGCACCUUUUUACAAAUCAAAAUUCACUUGUUACUGGACAUGCGCCCUCCUCUUCUUUCAUUUAAAAGUGAAUGUGGAUCUUUAGUUUUGUGCUAAAAGAGGAUGGGCCCAGUAUAGGCCAGGCCUCUUGUUGCUUAUACCGUAUCCUUUCGUUUGAGUUUUCCUACCUGUUCAGUUCCGUGCAUGGAAAAGGAAUUAUGUCUAAGACAUGUCCCCUCCUCCUUUCUAGGUUCCUGUAUUCUGUCUCUUGGUCACACUAGAGAACAUUUGGUAGAAACUCACAUACUUACAUACUGAAUUGCUUACUCUUAAUAUUGGUUGUUCCACAGUAGUAUCUUAAAUAUAGGUUAGCGUGCCAAUUUGGAAAGCUCUGCUAGAAAGCUGAAGCUUCUGGAAUUCCAAUAGAUUUCUGGAGAAGUACUACAAGGGUUUACUCCAUAGAUUUUGAUGAAAGGACUAUAGCCAGAAUAUGCAACACUUAUUAUUCAAAGGGCUUAGAAUUUUAGUUUUUAUUGAGAGAUCGUCUGUAGCUGGAGCUCCCCUCAGUAGUUCAGGAACUUCUAAAGGUCCAAGUAAAUGUUGGCCUAGCUAGUAUCCAGGCUAAGCCAACAGCACUCCCUACCCCCAAAGAUAAUUUAAGGUUCUGUAUUUGACCUUUUAAGGCCUGGAACCACUUAGGGGACAUCUUCUCUCUUAUAUGCCUUCCCCCUUUCUGUGAAUUAAAAAUCAACUAACGAUGUCCCUGUCAGGGAAAAAGGCAAGGUGUAAAUAAAUAUAUAGAGAAUGACCAUCUGCCAUGGAUACUUCAGUUGAGAUUCCUGCAUUGCAGGGGGUUGGACUAGACCCUCAGUGUCUUUUCCAGCUCUACAGUUCUAUGACUCUGUAUGUGCCACUGACGUCAUUCGUUGGUAGCUUUUACUGUGAUAGGUAUCUGCGCAAUUGAACUUCCAAGGGAGAUCAGCCAGGUCUAUUUUACUGAAGUUUGACAGAAGAAAAUUUAUCUUUGUUAUGUAUUUGGUUUCUGAACAUGAGACUGUGCUGGUUUCUCUAGGCCAUUUUAAUUGUUUUCCGGGAGUUUGUUUUAUUAACUUUAAAUGUGUUAUGUUCCUAUUACAUUUAUCGUAAGCUGCUUUGGGGACAUUGAAGUAGAAAAUCAGUUUAUGUUGAAAUCAUUUUAUUUGAAUGCAUAAUCCCUGCAACCUACAUUGAAAAUUCAGAACUUCACUCAUUGAGCGGAAGAAUUGUUGCAUGGAAAAAACAGAAGUGAGGCAUGCCAAUAGGUCAAAACCAAUUUUCAAAUGCAUAUAAGUCAGUUCCCAGUAAACUGGUUGUCUUUCUACGUGCAGAACAUGUACCUAUUCAGCCCCUUAGUUUCUGUCAUCAGGGUAGAACCUGCCUGAAAAAGAACAAAUUCUCACCUUUGUACCAUGUAUUUGUGUGGAUACAUUUAGCUGAGAGGUUGUCCUUACAAUUGUGGGGGAUGUCCCCAAUGUCAUACAUGUCUGUUGAAAUAAUGCCAUCAGAACUAUGCAGUGAAGAUUCACAGAGGAUAUCCCAAGUUUGAGUGUCUUAUAAGACAUAAUCCUAUGCACAUAUUGAACUCAAUAGGAUUUAGAGCUCCAUCUGGACUAUAUCAGUGUCUCCUAGGCUAUUGUAAACUUCCAUAUGCAUACUGUUUCCCUCUGUAACACUCAGCUAGAAGAGAGUUUGCUGUGCCAGACUCUUAAGCUCCUGCAGUACGGAGGGAUGAGACUUGGGAACCUGCCACGGAAGAAGUAGAAUGGAUAGAACUUCUACUUCUGUGCAUGCAGCAUAAUAUAUCUGAAUGGUCUUCGUGUUAGCAAUUUCCCACUGGACUUAAAAUGAAACUUUUGGUUUGGUCUUGGCUUCUUGUUGCUGGUGCUGUAACAGCCGUGUACAGUAUGACAUGAGAUUUUACAGCGUCAAAAAAGUUCGAUUGUUCCUGCCCAGGAACUAUCAUUUUAUUCUUAUUCACAAUUCCAGUUAGUUUUCUGAUUGGGGGGCCUUGUUUAGUCAUUUAGUUCAGGAGAUACUUCAAGUAGGCAUCCUAAAAUAGGACAGAGUCAAAGCUGGUUAAUCCUUUCCCAGUCUCUAGAGUUCUGCUGCAGACAACUGAGCUCUUUUUCCUCCCUUGGCUUAAAUUUUCAUAUCUUAGAAAUAGAGAAGUUUUAUAGAUCAAUAAAAUUUUCUGCAGAGAAGACUUUUUAAAACUAAGCUAUAGGACGUAUAUCUGCUUCCAAUGCACUUGUACUUGGAAUGGAAUGUCAUGUGACAUGUUGCAGUGAGAUAAGCUUGGAUUCAUGUUGGAUGUCUCGCGUGCUGCUGUCUUUACUGCUGGCUCUGUAUGUUUCUUUCAUGAUAUUUAAUAGUUUCUUUUAAUAGUAGCUAAAUGUCUGAGUCAAAGUUACUAGUUCCCGAGAGCAGAUUUUAAAACUUUUUAAAAAAACAAAGAGAUGAUAUAAUUGUUUCUGAUGCCUUGAAGGACUGUUUAGGACAGGUCAAAGUGGAGGAAACAGUUAAAGAGGCUUGCGGUGGUCAUGGACUUGUCCAUCAUUUAAUUUGAUUGUGAGAAACAGAAUCGUUCCAACCAUCAGAAUAAGGAAGUUGCAAAUGUGGUUCUCAUGAAUCUACCUGUCCUGUUAAGGAUUAGCACAUUGCAUCCAGUCACACUACUCCAGGGGUCAGCAACCUUUUUCAGCCGUGAGCCAGUCCACCGUCCCUCAGACCAUGUGGUGGGCCAGACUAUAUUUUCCGGGGGGGGGGUUAACGAAUUCCUAUGCCCCACAAAUAACCCAGAGAUGCAUUUUAAAUAAAAGGACACAUUCUACUCAUGUAAAAACACGCUGAUUCCCAGACUGUCCGCAGGCUGGAUUGUGAAGGCGAUUGGGUCUGAUCCGGCCCAUGGGCCUUAGGUUGCCUACCCCUGCACUACUCAGCCUAGCUGUCCUCUAAGAAACUUGUCUGGGGUACCUCAAAUUGAAUUAUUGGGUGCCUUUUUAUCAAGUUAGUACUAAAUCUUGUCCUGUUCAGGAAUUAUUAAUCUGUAACUGUGUGAGAGACACAGGAUUUUUUAGCGUUCUGCCCCAACCUUGCUAUUUUUAGUGGCAAGACCUCAUGCCACACUUGAAUACACUUAUAAGUCUCCCUGCAGUUGGCAGCCCUAAUCACACAGGGCUCCUGCUGGCGGGAAGGCUUGUAAGUGUGUUCAAGCAAACAUGCGUGCAAGGUCCUUUCAUACCCUGCUGCUGUACAUGGAAAAAUUGGGGGAUGGAGCAGGCAGGGUGUGCAUGCUUGCAAGCCCCACAUUUCACACAGUUACAGGUUAGUUAUUCCUGAGUAGGUUUUUGCUUGUGCUAGUAGUUUGCUUAAAUUUUGCGCUCAUAACAACAAUAUUUUUGUGCUUUCUUAUUAUGCAUCUUUACAGAAAUUGAUCAGGCCUAAUGAAUUUCUUUACAUUUUCUCCUUAACACUUGGACACAUAAUUGCAAUUGUAUGUAGUAUCCUUUUAAAGGCACUCCUCAUUGCAAAAUUCUGAGGUGGUCAGAACUGCUUGGCUUCUACUGGGGAACAGAUUAGAUUAUUUUUUAAGUUAUUGGGCUUUGUUCCCAAAGCCUCUUACUUCCACCUCCUGUAAUUUUAGGCCCUAUUAUCAAUACUUGCUACAUGUAAAUUCUGAAUUUGAUGUUCUCAAAAUGAAUGUAGUUUUUAUUGGAGUUUGUUACUUCAAACUGUAUGGAGAAGUGCAUGUUUUAAUCAUCCUCCUAUGAUGGAGCUUCCUGGUUUUGGUAAGCUAGUAUGUCGGGGGGGGUGGAGAGACAUGCUUAGUUUUCUCCUUAACUUGUUUUUAUGCGAGGAAGCAUUCAGAUGAGUUUCAUGUGCUCUGGACCUGUACCCUUUUAGAAUAUUAAAAAUAAAAUUAAAAUUCAAUAUUUUAAAAUUAAAAACAAUAUUGUUUGUGCAAAACAACUUUGGGUGGGUGCUCCCCCUUAGAAACCUCAACAAGGUACGGCACCUCUUUUUCUAGAAAAAAGCCCUGAAUGCAAUGAGAUAAAAAGGAAGAACUUCAGAGAAAUUAAAAUAGAACUUAAACAAGCUUAUUAAAUUUGUGUUGAUUCCCUUGUCCUUUUUCACUGUCUCCUGGAUGAAACUUGAGCUUGAUUAGGGUAUAUGUUGUUUUGGACAUGGAGUUUCAUCAUGCAGGCUCAAAUCUUAGUUCAAUCAUGAAAGACUUCACAAAGUACCGUAUUUUUUGCUCUAUAAGACUCACUUUUUCUCUCCUAAAAGGUAAAGGGAAAUGUGCGUCUUAUGGAGCGAAUGCAGGCUGCACAGCUAUCACAGAAGCCAGAACAGCAAGAGGGAUUGCUGCUUUCACUGUGCAACGAUCCCUCUUGCUGUUCUGGCUUCUGAGAUUCAGAAUAUUUUUUUCUUGUUUUCCUCCGCCAAAAACUAGGUGCGUCUUGUGAUCUGGUGUGUCUUAUAGAGCGAAAAAUACGGUAGUUCUUUAAAUAAUGGUUCUUAGGUCUUAUUACCCUCCUCCAUUGGUGGCUUGGCUCUUUGCGGCUGAUCCCACACUCAUUAGGAGAUUCGAAUGCAUAAUAGCAAUUUUAAAUUGUUGUGGCUGAUACCUAGAUGUAGAGAAGCCACAAUGGUCAAUAAAUACUUUCUCCUUUGGGGCACCUUGCCCUAACUGAGGUGAUGAAAACUUGGGGAGAGGGUGAGGAUCAGAUCAAAGUGUUUACAAUCAGGCUAAUGUCUUGUGGCUUUGAAGCAAUGUGAAGACUGAACUGAUUUGCAAAGUACAUUCAUAGGCAAACAAUUAUUCCAUUUACAGUCUUCCCCCAGCCCUCCACCCCUUUCCACCCACUCACUGGAAAGGAAUUAGCCUUAUUACCGUGACUUUGAAAGUUACUCUGCUGCUAGACUGAAACUUUCUUGAAGACCUGCUGGGAGAUUCUGAAGGGCUUAACAAAAACUAUCCAUUGUUAGACCCCUCUAGUACUUAAGCAAUCACUGAAUCUACUGAGGAUCAAAUUCAUAUUUUUCAAGAAUAUUCAUCUGAGAUUUUUUAUUUUCUCCAAAAUUAGAAAUUGAAGAUGAGAAGAAAGUACUCAGUUCCAAUAACCUUUAACUUUGUUACCUUGAUGACUUGGAUAGUAUUUAUUGCCACUUAAUUAUCAUCUUUAUGAUAUGGCAUUCAUUCUGCAAGUUAUAAUCUGAAUAACCUUUUGAAUGUAAUUUAGUCUUUAAAAGUUUUUUUUAAUGGUUUUAGCAGGGAUUGCCAAGCAAUAUUUCUUCCAUAGCUUAGCCAUAACAAACAAAAUGGUCUUGAUAGACCAAUUGUUUUCCAAUUAUUUUGUUUUUUGUGUCACUUCCAAUCCCUUAGUUGCCACAGGGUUGAAUGAACAAACAUCAGUUAUCUAUUUUCCUAAUCUUCCAAGCAAACAUUUUGUGCAAUACCAAUUUUCUUCAUUCAUGUAAAUGGAUCAGUUGACCUUUCAGUUCUGGCCUAAUCUCUGCCAAUUUGGAAAAGGCAGCUUUGGUUAGAUUACUGAAAAUGCAUUUAUAUCAGGUUUGUAAUUGCUCCACCAGAUUACCCGGAAUCACCAGGCAAGAAAGCUUUUGAAUAUUGGAAGCAGGUAGCUGACUAUUUUAGUCUAUAGAUAUGCCAGAAAUGGUAUACUGUGGACAGGCAGACUAGUAAACAUUUUUUGUGGGCCAAUAACUAGGGAACAUGUCUGCAAGGUUUAUUUAUAGAAUACUAAACUAUGGCAGUUCUGAUGGUGGUAUUAGUAGCAGUAGUAGUUUUAUUGUUACUUUUAUAAAAUCAGUACUCUUGAUGGUUUACAGCAGACAAGUUCUGCCGCAAGGAGCUUACAAUCUGAAAAUGCUUUUUUGAGUCUCUGGCAGCUGAGGUUUCAGGUUCAGUUGUAUGGUUACUUGAUACAGCUGCCAACUUGAGGCACAGCUGCGUAUUUUUAUUUGGAGAUUAGACAAAAUCUAGUCCUCAUCACCCUCUUUUGCAGGAUGUUCAAGGUGUGUUUGUUUCCUCCCAGGCUUGCGGCUGCUGGGGAUGGUUGCUGGACUGACCCAUUUUGCAUGGGUGACUGGCUUGGUUUGGUGGUAAUGUCCUGGGAGUGGAAGAUAAACUUUCUCCCAGGAGCACUUCUGUUUGCCAUAGCACUGAAUCAGAAACUCAGGCAGCUGUAGGAUGGACAUAGCAGUAUUUUGGCACACUAAUACAGAAGCAUGUCCUAAGUAGCAAGUUAAGAGAAUAGACUUUUUCUGUUAUGCAUAGUAAUAGCUAUGGUGGCUUCUCCACUGAAGCUCUUUGCUGAAAGUCCUUCCUAACUUUCCAAUAUACUAUAAAUUUCUGUUCUUAUUUUUGUCCUGACAGAACUUUUUUUUGUUUGUUUGUUCUUCUGAUUUCCUGUCAGCCUGUCAUAUGAGUUAACUGUGGUUUUGAACUAGCUGGGCAGCAGUUGCCAAAACUACCAGACCCUAAGCAGAUGAUAAAAUCCCCUUGUUAUUGUGGUGUAUUUGCCCUGCUCUUGACCGAAAACAUGUUCCCAGGAAGAAUGUAGGGGCUACAACACAAGUUUGAACAAAGAAAUAGGGCAAGCAGAUAUUGAGGGCGCUGUUAUCAACCACUGUCCAUUAUCUAGUUAAAUCAUUAGGUAUUACACACACUUCUUGACAGGCAUGCAUUCCUGACAUAAGGACUAAUUUGGCCUCUGAGUUCUUCCUGAGUAAUAAAACAUGUCAAUGUGUCUUCAAAACAUGAUUUUUCUUCUUGAAAAUACAUCUGGUGAAUUGUGAAAAGAGACCAGGUCAGAACAAAAUGAGACGAGUGAUUCUUGAAAUGAGAGUGUUGCUUUACAGCUCAUUAUGCUUCAAACAGUAUAGCCCCAGCACAAUGGGAUCCCCGAGCAAAGGCGUACAGCUCAUUAUUCUCUCAAACCAAAAUCUUUGAGUAUUAGUCCGUAUACAUUCUUAUUGUGCAAUCUCUGGGGCAUCUGGAAACUAAUUUUGAUGGCUAGUCACACUAUGUACUCAUGAUAAUGCUACAUUCACAGGUAGCCACAAAUUUCUGUCUGACUUUGGUUUCCAACCAUGUUUUGCUGCUGGCCGGCUGUGAAGACUAAUCCUGCCAUAAAAUUACAGCCAUACAAUACACAUUUUAAAAACAGUAUCUGUUUCAUAAAAACGAAGUGAAAUAUAUAGUAAUUCAGGUUUUAUCUUAAUUAACGAACACAUGACAUUCUUUACUUUUUCCUUUCCAAUUUUUGGUCUUUCCCUCCAUAGUAAAUAACAUGGGUUACAUCCCAAACUACAUGAGUGUAAGUCUACAUGAGAAGAGGACUUUUUCCUCUGUUCUUCCCAUUACUGCCAAUGCUUUGCUUUUGUCAGUUUCCUUCUUCCUCUCUGCAGCUGCCCUCUGCAUAUCCCAGCACUUUCCUUGGAGUAACAGCAGCUUGUACUGUGGACAAGGGUCUGGUAAAGCUCAGCUGAAUGAGCAGAUUUUCAUUUGUGUAACUUGGGUAUAACCCAUACAUUUUUUUAAAGCACAAUUUUUUUUUAAAAAAGGUUACCUUUUUUGGUGCAAACCCUCAGAAGUAGGAGGGUCAGAGUUUUGCCCAGUAGAGGCUUAUUCUGAUGAACUGUCCAAUAAAUUAUUACAAAAGUUAGUAAGGAAUGUCAGGUAAGAGUCAUGUGGCAUGAGUGUUUAUUAGCUAGAGUCAGUCUCAAGGACAGUUUUUCAAGCUAGAGCACUGAAACAGGAUUUGGAAAACUAUAUGUGGUCUUUAUUUUCUAUUCAGGAUUCAUUAGGAAACAGGCUUUUGUCAUUUUGAGUUCUCAGUGGCCCCAACAGGGUGGUGUGAACUCAGAAGCUUUGCUUGUUAUUUUGUGGCACUUUGGUCCUAAUAAAAUUAUUGCCUGACACCAGAUUUUGAAAUUUACAGAUUUCCCCCAACUGUGAUCUCUUGAUAUUUCGCAUGUUUGUAGGAUUGCAAUCCUGUGCAUACUUAACAUGGGAGUGAGCAUCAUCAAACUCUGUACAGUGGUACCUUGGGUUAAGAACUUAAUUCAUUCUGGAGGUCCAUUCUUAACCUGAAACUGUUCUUAACCUGAGGUACCACUUUAGCUAAUGGGGCCUCCCGCUGCAGCGCACCGCACUGCCACCAUGUGAUUUCUGUUCUCAUCCUGAAGCAAAGUUCUUAACCCGAGGUACUAUUUCUGGGUUAGCAGAGUCUGUAACCUGAAGCGUCCGUAACCUGAAGCGUCCGUAACCCAAAGUACCACUGUAACUCAGAAGUAAGCAUGCAUAGGAUCAAGCUGUGAAACACAUUUGAGCAUUUGCUUAACCCAAGGAACUUCUGCCAGGUGUAAAACAAACUUUGUAUUUGUAAUAACUUUUUAAGACAAUGCAACAUACAAGAGAAGAACCAUCCCUCCUUUUCUGCGCAAAGUUAUUUGUAAAAGAAACUAGUUGAUUUCUUUUUGAUGAACUGAGCUCUUUCUAGAAGUUCAGGGGCUCGCCAGACUAGUGAAGUUAUGAAAAUCUGGUGUGAGGAACCCAUCAUAACAGUAAGGUUGGAAUAGUUCUUAGCUGCCUAUGUUAAUCUGAAUGUGUAAAGGUCUCGGAACUCUUGAUUUGAGGUUUUCUUGUCUCCCAGGGUAAGCAUGGGGUGUAUGGGAUAUCUUCUGGAGAAGAAAAUAAUGAGUAAACACAUAUCUGGAAUGGAGUCCCUGAGACGGUUGGAUGGCGCCUUGUACGUCUCAACAACUCCUGCAGCCCAAGCUAUUGCUAAACAUAUUGCUUUCCAUUCCUUGUGAGGUCAAGAAGAGGGUCUUGUUGUCAGGACAAUCCAGAACCUCCAUACACACCACACAGUUUUGUUUCCCGGGGUGGGGUCACUUGGGUGUUGCUAACUUAGCAGUUUGACUUCACCCCCAGAGGUGUACUCCAUUGUCUCUUGAGACAGACAGAUGCCAACCAACCAAGUGCAAGCUAGGACUCAGAGCCUAAGUUAGAAUGAGAAACAAGCUUGAAACCCCUGAAAAGAUUGUGUUCGAUGAGCUGCUUUAUAUUUCUACUAUUUAAUUCAGGGAAUGCUUUAAAUUUCACUUGCUAUUUGAAAGUGGAUAAUAGAAAGUCUUACAAAACCACAUUUUCAGAUGCUUCCAUUUCAGAAGAAAUUCACAAGGUGAACAGUACAAUAAAGCUCUUAUAAGUAUAGCUAGUUGAUUUUCAAAUGAACCUUAAGGCAUAAUAAGUGAUCGUUCUGGUUUAAAUUGAGACUAUAAACUCAUUCAUAAAGUUGCACCACAAGACUUCCAUCCAUUGCUGUGCUUUAAAUGUACAGUUUUUUUGAGUUUAUAAGUUGUGACCUAAUUCUUUGCAUAUGAGAAGAAGGGACGCAGGUGGCACUGUCGUCUAAACCACAUGUGUUUUUACGAGCAACUGUCUAUUAUUUUAUUAUUAUUGAGCUGCAGGUUGAGGUGGGGGGUGUUAAUCCAUUAAUGGGAUACUGGGACCCCAACUCCUGCUAGGUAUUUGAAAAAGAAUAAGUCUCAAAGAUAAAAUGGGGCAAAAGUGUGUUUGCAUUAAGUACAGGAACUUUUUGGUCUUUGCAAACUAAUCUCUGGGCUUUUAUUCUCAAAUUAGUAUUUCAGAAACGUUUCUGUUAGUGUUUAUGGGGAAGGGCUUUUAACUUGAAAUCUCAUGAUUUGGAUUAAAAUAAUACAAGCUCCCCCCCCCCCGCAUCUUAACUAGCCACAGUUAUCACCUUAGCUGUCAAAGGAUGGUAUUAUUGUACUUUGAGGGCAUCCCCAUCAGUGCAGUUCAGUACUCAAAUAACUGAUGGUACCCUUGUCCUUAGAGGGACGCGGGUGGCACUGUGGAGAGGGACGCGGGUUAAACCACAGAGCCUAGGGCUUGCUGAUCAGAAGGUCGGCGGAUCGAAUCCCCGUGACGGGGUGAGCUCCCGUUGCUCGGUUCCUGCUCCUGCCAACCUAGCAGUUCGAAAGCACGUCAGAGUGCAAGUAGAUAAAUAGGUACUGCUCCAGCGGGAAGGUAAAUGGCAUUUCUGUGGGCUGCUUCGCCAGAAGCGGCUUAGUCAUGCUGGCCACAUGACCCGGAAGCUUUACGCCGGCUCCCUAGGCCAAUAAAGCGAGAUGAGCGCCACAACCACAGAGUCGGCCACGACUGGACCUAAUGGUCAGGGGUCCCUUUACCUUUACCCUUGUCCUUUAUAACACUAGUCUUCAGUUUACUGGUCUACAACUAAGUCACAGGGGAGAAGCAGUUGGCCAGAAGGCAGUUGUCUUCAACUUUUUGAGACCCACCUUCACCCUUAAUAAGCAACCCGCUUAACUUUCUGUAUAUAUCCAAACUCUGGUCAAUUACUUAUUCAGACUUUCUUUUUUUAAAAUGAGAAAACUUUAAUAAAAGUGUUUGCAUCAUUUGUUAGUCUUUAAAAGUAUUAGUGCCUUUACUGCAUGUAAACAAUUAUAAAUAUACAGUUCUGAAAGUGGAGCUUAAGUUGUUGUACGCUAAAGUAUCAGAGUGCACCAUAGCUUGCCAACUGGAAUAAAUAGAAUAGAAACAAUAUUGUCACGCAGAAAAGGAAGAUUCUGUUUGGAUUUAGAAUGGAGUGGCCUGGAUCCAAAGAUUCUUGCAGCUAGUUCAGCGUGCUGCUAAAGAGGCAUUGGGCUUUUUUCUUGAAAAAGACCAACUCCUUGCUUCAUGGGAAACUUCUUUUGAAUCCGUGUUCUGAGGGGAAUUUUAAAAGCAGUGUUUGGUAUGGCUUGGGGGCAGAGGUUCUGCCAUUCAAAGGAAGAAAAGUUAAAUCCUACUGGGCAUGUCCAAGCCUUUGGGUUCACUUUAAAGUAGCUCUUAAGAUCUUGACCUGUUCAGAGUUGUCAUGCAAAAACAGAAGAAACUUGUAUUUUUAAAGAGCUCAGAAGAUAAGCAUCACUAUAAGGAACAGCAAUACAUUUGGAUAUUAAUUUAAAUUAACAAGACUCCUAAUGACUGGGGAGGCACUUUUGCUCUGAGCAUGACUUGCUUCUGUGUAAAAGGCAUCAGAUCUGGUUGCAGUUUAUCCAAAAAUUUACUCUUUCUCUACUAGUAGCUAUUUAUUUUUAUGCAUUUAUAUCCCAUUUUAUCCCAGUAAAUUAGAUUCAUGAAAUCUAGCAAAACUCAUUUAUUCCUCUAAUCAGUUAGCAGCCCAGUUCAGAUAAAACAAUCUCAGUCCAAUAAAGCAGAGGCUAUUGAACAAAGAAUGAGUGUUGUAUCUAUAAUACUCCCUCUGCUCUCAAAUGCUUGUAGGGUUUCUUUAAUGUACAGUUUCCCAGUUUUCCACACAAUCUGAAAGACUGUGUCUCAAGCUUUGUUUGUAAGUUAGGAUUGCAAGCUACUGUUUGUUCCCAUUUUGUGAGCAACAAUUAUAGUCACUUUCCUGGUUUGGAAGUAAUGGGAAACAAGAAAUAAACCCCCAAAGUAUAGAAUUAGGGCACAUAAGCAGAGACGAGACAGCACACGGAUGCAAACACUCCUCUUCAGUCCAAUUUAAGCCAUGAUUUGUCAAACAAUAUCAUUAUGUUCCGAAAGAUCCAUAGCUGAUUUCAAACAAUAUUAUUUUAAGACACUGCUUUAAAACAUUUCAUUAUCCUAAAAGUGAAACUACUUCAUAGAGCUUUCCAGUUGCUGUAUCUUUCCAUGAUCUAAGGUAGUGGUGAUAAGAAUAGGAAGUCAUAUUCUCAAUUUUUCCAUUUUUCCAUUUGCUUUUACAUCUCUACAGUUCAAUUAUUAUAUCCAUAUUCUAAUCUCUUGUUUCUUUUCUUUAAACUGAAGAUUUAUUAGAAUUACCUUGUGAUAGACUUCAUUAGAAAAUGCACGGCGAUUGAUCUAGUUAAGCCUCAAUGUGAGCAUUCUUUUUAACACCCCCCCAUAAAUCUGGGUUUUAUGUGUUUGUAUUUUCUGUACUUUAUCUGUAUUCUAUUAGACAAGAGGAUUGUAGGAGAAGUCAUGAAGAAUACUAUUGUAAAAUGCUGUGUUUCAACCACUGAACCAGUUCUGGGCUUUGGUACAAAACUGCCAGAGGCCUUUUUUGGGUGGGGUGGAAGGUUGAGCAGCAGAUGAUUCUUCAUCUGAUGACUUAAAUACAUAAGUUGUUUUUCUAGCUACAUCCAGGGAAUGUUGUAGUUCCAUAUGGAUAAUAUUAGAAAUCUGAGGUGUAUUUUGUGCACACAGGGCUUUGAGGCCAAGCAGACCUGACCAGCACCUUGUGUAAAUGGUAGGGCUGGGCAAUAACUGGUUUUCAAUAUCGUGAUAUAUCAUUAUAUACCAAUAUAUCAUGAUAUCUGAAAUAAAGAAGGAACAACGUAAAUGUGAACAGGACAAUGUCCUGGCAGCUGCUACUACUUAAGUGUCUAAAACUGAUAAAUGAUGAUAUUAUCAAUCACCUCAUGGUCACUUUCAGCAGCAGGCAAGCCAAAAUGCAUCCCAACAGGACUUUUGAUUUUGGGCUUGGCUACCAAAUGGUGGUAUUCUGGAGAAUCCAAAGUACGGUGAUGAGUCAUAGUGCAUACAAAUAAUCUGGUACUGCCAGCAGGCCUGUUAGACGGCAGCAGCAGCAGCAGCCAUGGCAUAAUAAUCUGCAGCCUGCGAGGCUUCGCAGUCUGCUGCCGCUGCCAGCACUCCCUCUCACUGCUGUUGUGAGGCCUUGCAGGCCACUGCUGUUACUGUACUACCACCACUUUCCGUAGCCAACACAAGGCCUUGCAGGUUGUCGCCACUACUGACAACAUGUACCACGGUCAUGGCAAGGUGUUUCUGCAACUUCUGCCUGCUAGCAGUUUGGCAGUCCCAGAUUAUUUGUAUUCACUAUGACUCAUUGCCAAUGUUGAACACCAGAUAUUGCCAAGACCUUACUCACAUUGUGAUUCACGAUAUAUUGCCAGCUCAGAUAUUAUGAAACAGUUAUCACGAUGUGAACUUCAAACCAGUCCUAUAUAUCGCCCAGCCCUAGUGAAUGGAGUGUGCUUUUUAGAAGCCCAAGAGAAGUGUGAAAAGGGUUCCCUGAAAGUAAGAAGUUUGAAACUACAGUCAUACCUCAUGUUACAUUUGCUUCAGGUUGCACAUUUUCAGGUUGCAUCCCGCGGCGACCCGGAAGUACCGCAAAGGGUUACUUCCGGGUUUCGCCACUUGCACAUGCGCAGAUGUACAAAAUGAUGACAUGCACAGAAGCUGCGACGCGCAGACGCAGGUUGUGUUCUUUUCAGGUUGCGAACGAGCCUCCGGAACGGAUCCUGUUCACAACCAGAGGUACCACUGUACAGCUGUAAGGGAAUAUAUUGCAGUCAAUUCAAAGUGGUGCAAAUCUCCUUAUUUACGGUGCAAAUGUAUGUGUAGGGCCAGAAUAUAUUAUUUCUGAACCCCUUCUUCUAGGUUAGAUUCCACAGGAUUCUGUGCAGCAUCUAAAUCUGAGUCUGUGGCUCUCCAGAUGGUGAUGGAAUUCAGCUCCUAUCAUGCUAUUGGUCAUGUUAGCUGGGGCUGAUGAAAAGGGGGAACCUGGAUGCUGACCUUUAUGAGAGAAACCUUGGCUCUGUGGUGUAGACUGGCAUUUAUCCAGCAAAGGAUACAGUGAAAACAUCAUAACGGGCAUUUGAUGAAGAUCCUAUUCCAGAAUUAGUGCUGAUGGUGCAGUCAUGCCAUAUGAAGUGGUGAUUGCUCACUUGAUACGAUAUGUAGAAAAGAGUUUAAAAUCUGUCAGGGAGACUGACUUAUCAAAAGAAAUACAAAUGUCACUAUAGACCCUUAUUUCUGAUUAAAUCAAUGUUUCUUUGAUUUCUGUGUUUUAAUAUCUGAAGCUGCAGUUCAGCAUAGGAAUGUCAGGAAUGUUUGAGUUGGGAAAGUUGGCUUAUGGUACUACCGUGUGAAAUUGGUGCACUUAGUGAGAAAACACAGCCAUGGUGGUCUGGAUGGUUGUUUCUGAAUCUCUUCAAACAUAAUUAUGUGAUUUAAGCUAUAUGGUAACCAUGUAGAAAGAAUGUUAUUUUUAUUGGAUGUUGUCAGGGGUUCAGGAGCAGAGGCACAGGAAAGGGAGGAAAUAGAGAGCGAGGGGGAGGAGUCCGAAGGAAAUGUUAGCGAUGACAGCGGUCCGAGGUCUCUGAGUCUUUCCAGCGAAUCGGAAGAUUCACAGAAAGGGGCUCCCUUGGUCAGAGCAAGGGGGUGCCGAGGGGGACACCCCAGGAAGAAGGGGCCAGAGGGGACUCAGAGAGCAGCAGUUGGAAAUCAGGACCAGCGUCCACACCAGAGUGCAGUAGGGGGGAGGAGUCCCAGGCAUCGGGAUCAGGCGGCGCACUGCCAGUGGGAGGACAUGAGUCAGGAUUGGCCACGCCUCCAUCGGGGAGCGAGGAAACGGUCGAGAGGAAGGUUGAAGGCUGGGCGCGCGCGCACAGUUCAAAUGUACAGGAGGGCGGCGCAGUUGGCAGCCCGGAUAGGGAGCCAGGUCCCAAAGCCCGCCGAAAAGAGGGGGAGGAGUCAGCGGGGUCAGCGUCAGAAGAAUCCAGGAAGGAAGGGACCCCGGGGGGUAGCAGGACCCAGAGGAGAAAGGAGAGACGUAAGAGGUGGAGUAAGGCUAGAAUCUUAAACUGGUGUACAGGGGCGGAGACUCAGAUGGAGCUUCGCCGAUCUAACCCCUAGACGUAGAGCUGGGGCGCUCCGGCUUGAAAAUGGAAACUGUACUUCAAUAAAGACUUUUGUACAUUACUGCCGGCUAGCGUUGGUCCUCUGUGAGCUGGGACCUGGAGCCAGCUCUGACAGUAAGCUCCAUCUCUAAAAGUUUUGCACCAAAGACCUCGUAACGUGAGUGGACGCAGCGAGGGAAGAAGAUUGGUGCUUCGCGAGCUCACAAAAGUCAGGCAAGAUGACUACAGAACAGCAACUAGCAGCCCUGCAAAAUGCAGUGACACAACUCAACGCGGAGGUACUCGCAUCCAGGAAAAGGGAAGAGGAAGCGGCUGCCGCCUGCAGGGAUCUCCAAGCCAGGUUGGAAGUGCUUGCUAAGCAGGGGCAACCGGGACCCAAAUCAGAGGGGAUUGGGCUGGGGAAAAGAGGAGGCAGCCUGGUAUCUCAUUUCGAUGGGAAUUUGCAGCAGUACCCUAACUUCCGAGCAGACGUGCUGUUUGCACUGGAACUGCUGGAUAAAGACUUUAGAGAUGAGCAAGAAAAGGUGGGGUUUAUCUUGUCCCAUUUGCAUGGGGAAGCUAAAGCGUGGCUGCGCAAUCUGUGGAGAGAUAAGGAUCCGGCGCUCCAAAAUGCGGAUGCAUUCAUUAAAGCGAUGGAUUCGUGUUUUUAUCAAAUAUAGACAUUGAUAUCGCCAGAAAAGACAUACAUGGGCUCAAACAAGGCAGAGCCAGUGUAAGGCAGUACCAUUCCCGCUUUUUUGCAUUAGUCCAUGCGCUGGGAUGGGAGAAGGAUUCUGCCCCAGCCAGAGACCUUUUUUUGGGAAGGCUUGAAUGCAAAUGUGAAAGAUGAGAUUGCAAGGGGGGAGAGACCAAAGAGCACUCAGGAGGUUGUCCGGCGGGCGCUGCAAAUUGGGGUGCGUCUGGAAGAACGUCCAUGGAACAGAGAAGAAGGACGUUGGGGACGUACGCCAGUGAGAGCACCUCCCCUCUUUCCCACGGAUGCAGCGCGUGUGCAAUCCCCACCUCCGCAAGGAGGGGAGAGCAACCGAUGGAGAUUGGAGGCGCCAGGGCUCAGUCAACAACCAGAGCCUUAACACCGGGAGCAGUCAAAGCGAAGCCUCCUAGAGGGAACAGGAAGUGCUACAUCUGCGACAGUGCUCAGCACAUGGCGAAAGAGUGUCCCCAGAGGCUCCACAAGCACACUGCAGCCUCAGCAACAGUAACAGAAGCAACUCAGCAGAGGGAGCCACAGCAGGGAAACGACAGAGUCUGGUUGGAGGAAGAGGCACUGGGGCCCAACCAGACACGUCAAUGAAGCCGUCCCCAGAGAUUUUGCAGCCCACAGACCCCCUCCCGCCCAAACCAGUGGUGCAGCUCACAGCAUCGCUCCAACUACCCAAUGGACUCACUAUGGAAGUGCCGAUUACCAUUGACUCUGGUAGUAACGCAGACUUCAUAGGACUGGAUUUCCUUCAAGAGCACAACAUAGCACUCCUGCCAGCCACGCUGCCUCUGAAAGUUGUCACGGUGGAUGGCAGGGAAUUGCUGGGGGCAGGUGGUGCAGCAAACUCCUCCGAUGGUGAUGCAAAUUGGGAAUCACCGAGAAGUCAUCAGCUUCAAUGUCACCCAACUGUCGGACACGCCUAUAGUAUUAGGCAUGAGUUGGCUGCACAGGCACAGCCCAGCAUUGGCGUGGUACCAGCGACAACUGACCUUCGGCUCCUCAUACUGUGCGGAACAUUGCAUUCUGCCUAGCCCGGAAGGGGAAGAGGAUGACCCGCAGCUACAAUUAGGCACGCUGCAAGCGGUGCCACUCAAGUACGCAGCGUUUUGGAGGUUUUCUGCGAGAAGGAAGCGGACAAGCUACCUCCCCACAGGUCUUAUGACUGCAAGAUUGACCUCCUGCCAGGGGCGACGCUGCCAACCGGGAAACUGUAUUCCAUGUCUGAAGACGAGCUGCAGGAACUCAGGGAGUUCAUAGACCUCAACUUGAAGCGCGGUUUCAUCCGGGAGUCGAAGGCAGUGGGGGGCAGUCCUGUAUUCUUUGUGAAGAAGAAGGACACGCCCCAAAAAGGCUUGUGGUGGACUAUAGAAUUUUGAACUCGAAAACCAAGCCCACAGCCUUUCCCAUGCCCAAGAUAGAUGACCUGCUCGCAACGGUGAGGAAAGGACGCGUUUUCACAAAGUUGGAUCUGCGAGGGCGUACAACCUGAUUCGCAUACGGGAGGGCGACGAAUGGAAGACUGCCAUGUUCACGCCCCUGGGCACCUAUGAAUACAGAGUUAUGCCCUUUGGAUUACAAAAUGGCUCCCACUGUUUUCAAGCCUUCAUGCAUCACGUAUUGGCGGGUCUCCUCUACAAGAAAUGCGUCUGCUUCCUGGACGACAUCCUGAUAUUUUCAGAAUCAGAGGAGACCCACGAGGGAGACGUCAAGGAAGUUCUGCAGAGACUGCAGGAGCACAGGCUGUACGCCAAGCUGGAGAAGUGCCAGUUCGACAUGAAGGAGGUAGAUUUCCUGGGCUACAAGUUGUCGGACAAGGGGCUCGCCAUGGACAGCGCCAAGGUUCGCUCAGUGUUGGACUGGAAGAGCCCGCGCAAUCGGAAGGAGGUCCAGCGGUUUGUCGGUUUCGCCAACUUUUACCGCAAGUUCAUCAAGGGGUUCGCGAUGCAGACGGCGGCCAUUACCGACACGCUCAGCUCCAAGAAGAAGAAGUUCAUCUGGACGGAGCAAGCGGAGCAGUCCUUUCAGAAACUCAAGCGUCUCUUCUCGUCCGAAGAGCAGCUACUGCAUGUGAAUCCCAGCAGACCGAUGAGGGUUGAAACGGACGCCUCAGACAGAGCCGUGGGAGCAGUACUGUUGCAGCAAGACCCGCAUGGGGACUGGAGACCGUGUGCCUUCUACUCCAGGAAGCUCAGCAAGUCAGAGCAGAACUACACCAUCUGGGACAGGGAGUUGCUGGCCAUUCAUGCAGCAUUCAAGGCGUGGCGGCACUUCCUCAUUGGAGCCAAACACACAGUGCAGGUCCGCACGGACCAUAAAAACCUGGAGUACUGGCGCACGGCAAGGUUCCUGAACCAGAGGCACAUACGAUGGGCGGAGUUCUUUGCGGAUUUCGACUUCAGGAUAGAGUACAUCCCAGGCGACAACAACAUCAUGGCGGAUGCACUGUCCAGAAAGCCGCAAUACCUCGAGGAGGCGGCACCAGCAGCGGCCAAGCACAUUUUCGCACCGAAAGCGUGGGCGUGCGCUUCAGCAACCGUGGACCUGGAUGCUGUACGUCGAGCACUGCAGGAGGACCCCUUCGCGCAAGCAAAGAUGGCAGAGGUGCAAAGGGGCACGGCGGAGGACGACGAGUUCCAGAUACGCGACGGAUUGCUCAUCCGCAGAGGGGCCCUCUACGUACCGGGAGACGACCUCCGCGCGAAAGUACUGCAGCAGUUGCACGACGCACCCACCGCCGGGCACUUUGGCAAAGAGAAGACGGUAGAAUUAGUAGCCAGAGAUUUUUGGUGGCCCAAGAUGCGGGGGAAGUCGCGGAUUACGUCUCGAGGUGCGACACCUGCCAAAGGGCCAAGUCAGUGCACAAACCGCCGGCGGGACUGCUCGAACCGCUGCAGACACCGCUCGAACCGUGGGAGAGGGUGGCCCUGGACUUUGUCACGGAUCUACCCAGCUCGAGGGGCAAGACGGCAGUGCUAGUGGUGGUGGACAUGUUCACCAAAAUGGCCCACUUCAUUCCGUGCGCGAAGGUGGCCACGGCGGAACAGACCGCCAAACUGUUCAUAGACCACGUGUUCAGAGUUCACGGUCUGCCACGGUCUAUCCUGUCCGACCGUGGGGCGACAGUUCAUCUCGAACUUCUGGCAGAAGCUGAUGGGUUUCCUGAACGUCAAGAUCAACCUAGCGUCGGCGAGACACCCGCAGACGAACGGACAAGCGGAGCGAGUCAACGCCAUCAUGCAGCAGUACCUGCGAUGCUACGCAAAUCAGCAGCCGGCAACAUGGGUGGACUACCUGCCGCUCGCUGAGUUCGCCUACAACAACACGAAGCACGUGUCCACGGGGGUGACACCGUUCUUCGCCAACAACGGGAGGCAUCCCAGAACCUUCCCGGGAUUAGCGAGAGCGGGGGGAGGGGGGAGCCACAGGCAGCGGAAGCCUUAGCAUCAGAGUUGCAGGAGGUUCACGAACAGCUUAGGAGGCAGUUAGAACUAGCAAAGCACGCAUACAAACUGCAGGCUGACAAGCACAGGAGGGUUGGGGAAGACAUACAGGUGGGAGACUGGGUUUGGUUAGCAGCCCAGGCAGUGCCGGCCAGAUCGUUAGCGAAGAAGAAGCUAGGGCAUAAGCAGCUAGGACCCUACCAAGUCGAGGCACAGGUCAAUCCAGUGGCUUUCCGGUUGACACUGCCGGAGGGAUCCAGAAUGCACCCAGUUUUCCAUAGAUCAGUGCUCACGCCCUACAAAGCACCUCAUAGAUUUCAGGAGCCAGGAACGGCACCAGACCCGUUCAGGGAAACGCCCACAAGGGGGUCGCCAAGGCGGGAACCCGUCAACGAAGUCACAGAGAUUUUAGACUCGAGAUGGGGGAGGAGGGAGUGGAAUACCUCCUCGCCAAGGAAGGUACCUCGGCUAGCGCCAACAGUUGGGUGCCAGAUUAUGCUCUGGAGGAAUCUUGGCUCAAGGACGAGUUCCAUGCACUUUUCCCACACAGGCCCAUGCCAGCCGAGUAUUUCGACGACUGGCUUUUCACACCCACAUUUUCAGCUAGCACAUUCCAGGGGUUCACCUCGGACGAGGAACCGGCACUAGAAGCACGUUCCCCGGAGGGAUCACCCCGGGGUCUGCCUCAGACCGUUCCUAUUGGUGGGACACUCAACCAGAGGAGCAGUGGCGCAGGAAGUGGUUGGGGGGUCCUUGGCAGGCAACGUCCCCGGAGGAGAGACGGACAUGGACGUGUUGGGGGAGGACCUUGGGUUCGAGCACGGCGGCAAAGAGAUGGAAGCAGAGGAAAUUGAGGUCGGCGAGAGCACGGAGGACGAGCCGGACUUAUCCGGCUGGAUGCACGCCACGGGGGACGAACUGUAUCCGGCACUCACCCCCACAACGACGGAGCACCCAGUACCCACACCUGAAGGAGGGGAGGGGGAAGGGGGGCUUCGAGGGGGAUGGAUGUCAGGGGUUCAGGAGCAGAGGCACAGGAAAGGGAGGAAAUAGAGAGCGAGGGGGAGGAGUCCGAAGGAAAUGUUAGCGAUGACAGCGGUCCGAGGUCUCUGAGUCUUUCCAGCGAAUCGGAAGAUUCACAGAAAGGGGCUCCCUUGGUCAGAGCAAGGGGGUGCCGAGGGGACACCCCAGGAAGAAGGGGCCAGAGGGGACUCAGAGAGCAGCAGUUGGAAAUCAGGACCAGCGUCCACACCAGAGUGCAGUAGGGGGGGAGGAGUCCCAGGCAUCGGGAUCAGGCGGCGCACUGCCAGUGGGAGGACAUGAGUCAGGAUUGGCCACGCCUCCAUCGGGGAGCGAGGAAACGGUCGAGAGGAAGGUUGAAGGCUGGGCGCGCGCGCCAGUUCAAAUGUACAGGAGGGCGGCGCAGUUGGCAGCCCGGAUAGGGAGCCAGGUCCCAAAGCCCGCCGAAAAGAGGGGGAGGAGUCAGCGGGGUCAGCGUCAGAAGAAUCCAGGAAGGAAGGGACCCCGGGGGGUAGCAGGACCCAGAGGAGAAAGGAGAGACGUAAGAGGUGGAGUAAGGCUAGAAUCUUAAACUGGUGUACAGGGGCGGAGACUCAGAUGGAGCUUCGCCGAUCUAACCCCUAGACGUAGAGCUGGGGCGCUCCGGCUUGAAAAUGGAAACUGUACUUCAAUAAAGACUUUUGUACAUUACUGCCGGCUAGCGUUGGUCCUCUGUGAGCUGGGACCUGGAGCCAGCUCUGACAGAUGUGUUUCAUUUAGUAGCUCAGGAAUUCCUUCUGGGGCAUAAAUCACUUAUAAUUUUAAUGGGGGUGUUAGUUUUGACCUCCUGACAUUCGCAAGGUGGGCAGUAUUGUUUCUUGAACUCCUUAGUGUAUGAGAAUUUUCUGUGCUUUGCUCAGUUGGUUUGCUGUUUUGCUCUUUGUGCCUGUAUAUAUGAGCAGUUCAUAGGCUGGAGGGAGAUUUUCUCUUGAUGUUUAGUUGUCUAAAAUAAGGUUAUAAUCUCAAAUUAGCACAGCAACUGACACUGCUUGGAACUUGGCCCAGAACAGAUACAUUUUAAAAGCCAGCUUUCUGACUUGCUAGCCAUUCUUCAGAUAGAUCUCGAGAUAAAUAUUCUAAAAUAGCUACUUUUUAAGCUCAGUAUUUAGAGACGCUCUGUGUAGUCAUUUCCUGCAAAGUUAUGUCUUGGGAAGGAAGGGAAAGCCAAACUAUUUUUACUGUCUCUCAGGCAGUUUGGCAUGGUUAUUUUAGAUUUCUGGAGUCAGUCUGGCCUCUCUCUGUGCCUUUUCUAUUCUCAUAUUCUGUUUCAAUAGAACAGGAGGUACUAAUAAUGCUCUGAGCAAGCUCUACGCUUACAUUGAUAUCUGUUAUAUAGACAGGCCUCAUCUCUAGAAUACAGUUAAUAGUUGCAAUAGGUUGUGGUUGGCCUGAAGAUGCUGUAGGUGUGCCCAGAGCUGUGGUCACACCUGUAUCUUGUGCAGGUGCUAUCCCUGGGGCAUUUGCAGGAAAAUACUGACCUUUUCGCUGGAGAUCCCUGUGCCAUGCUGCUGCUUCUGUUGAACAAGCAAGUUAUUUCCCCACACUUACCUUUCCCUUGUCCAGAUUUUCAUUCUCUGUCACAAUGUGCAAACUUUUGUGGAAACCCAAUCAUCAUUCAUAGAAUCAUUGAAUUGUAGAGUUGGAAGGGACCACGAGGGUCAUCUAGUCCAAACCCCUGCCAUGCAGGAAUAUGUUGCCCAAUGUGGGGCUUCAACCCAUGACCCUGAUAUUAAGAGUCUCAGGCUGUACUGACCGAGCUAUCCCAGGUAUUGAAGUAUUCAUGUUUAGAAAGUGCUGAGUGACUAAACCUGUAGUGCACCAGAAAUGGUGUUCUGAUGCCCCUCUUACUAUAAGAACAAGAACAAAAAGGAUUCAUGCGCAAAAUGCUUUGACUAGUUGCUUUUUCGAGUGCCAAGUAUGUUUCCUAAUUAGGGAAAGUAUGGUAUUAGAACUAGCACAUAAUGUGGGAAUGCAAAAUGAAAUUAAUCCAGAACUGAUAGUCAAAAUAUAGACUCAUUAGCUAGCUAAUCUGUUUAGUGAGCAGUUAAGAAUGUGUGUUUUCCUGUGGGAAUAUUUUCCGAGUGCUGGUGUAAUUGAGAGCUUAUCAGAAGGACAUUGUCUCAUAUGUAUUACGAAAACGGAGACCUCAUGGAGUCUGUAUGUGAAUAAAAUAGUUCCUUGUAGUUUGGGACAAACCUGCCUUCUGAGCUUGCUGGUGUAUUUGAACUUUCCAUUUUAGCUUGCAAAAUGCUUCUGUUCCCAGUUUUAUUAAAGUGAGCCGUCUGUUGUUUCCCUGGUUCUCAAGUGGAAACUAAAAACAAAACAGAAACCCCUUUAACAGUACAAUUUUUGAAUGGUAGUUUCCUGCUUUUCCACUGAAGCAUUAUUUAGGUCUCAAGAAGUAAGAAUGAAAAGUAUUGUUUAGGAUACUAAACAUCUUGCGUAGUUGUUUUUGUUUUUACUUAGGUGUUUCCAUAUAUAUCUGAUUUAGGUAAAGCUUUUAAAAAAACGAUUACUCAUUUGAAACUAGUCACAACACUUCUGACCCUAUAUUUUAUAGAAUCAUAGGUUUGGAAGAGAUAAAAAUACUAAGUCCAAACCUACGCUGCAAGGCAUGACCCGUUCUUCAAAGAUUGGCCUAUUCAGGUACAGGCCACAGUGUAGCAGAGACUUGGGUGUAUUUCAGAAAAGAAAGAAGGUUGUGUGUAUGUACAUGUAUUAUGGUGUGGCAUGUUAUUGCCACAUUAGUGAGAUAGUAGGCAAUCAUUUUACACUUAGAAGCUGCAAGUAAGGGGAGUAAGUGUGCCUUCUUAAAACUCUUUAUAUGCAUCUUUGUGGAAUAUGCAGUUUGGUAAACUUUUUAUGUUGGCAGUAGUUUCAGAGCUGCACUUCUAAGCACAAUUCACUAAAUUGGUGGACUUCACAGGACAACUACGGUGGUACCUCACAAGACGAAUGCCUCGCAAGACAAAAAACUCGCUAGACAAAAGGGUUUUUUAUUUUUUGAGCUGCUUCGCAAGAUGAUUUUCCCUGUGGGCUUGCUUCGCAAGACGGAAACGUCUUGCAAGUUUGUUUCCUUUUUCUUAACACCGUUAAUACAGUUGUGACUUGACUUCGAGGAGCAACUCAUAGAACGCGGUGUGGUAGCCUUUUUUGAGGUUUUUAAAGACUCUGGUGAUUUUUGAAGCUUUUCCAAAACUUUCCCGACACCGUGCUUCGCAAGACGACAAAACUCGCGGAAUGAAAUAAUUUCGUCUUGCGAGGCACCACUGUACAGUGAACUAAGUAUGAACGUUUAAAUAAAGUUCAUAUACUGGUACCUGUAAGAAUCGGCUGGUUCAACUAGUCUGGGCUGCAGCUGUUCCACCAUCUGUUCUGUCAGCUGCCUGGGCAGCUAAUGGGGUCACUUCCUCUAGAAAGGGACAAAGACCUUGUGCUCUUGUAGUGGUUACUGUAUUCUGCCGGUCAGAUGCAUUUGUUUUUUGGUAUGGCUGAACAGCAUGGACAGAGCCUCUCUGUAGCAGCUGAAACUUGUUUCUCUUUGGAAAAGGAUGUGUAAGGUAUACGUAGAGCAGGGAUGGGGAACAUGUAGCUCUCCAGAUGUUGUUAAACUCCAAACUACAAAAUGACCAAUUUUGGGGAAUGAUGGGAAUUGUAGUUCAACAUCAUUUUGAGAGCCACAGGAUUCCCAUACCUAAUGUGGAGGGAAGUCAUAAAAGUAAACUCAUUCUUGACAAGGACUUGGAAAGUGUGAUUGGACCUAUAUUCAGAAAUCCACAAAGAAAUAAGAAUAAACAUAUUCUGCCACCUCUCCAUCCUGAUGGAAACCAAUAAUUUUAACAAUAAAAGAGGUAGAUUUUAGAUUGACUGACCGAAGAAGCAGCUAAUGAAGUCUUCACAAACACAACUGCUCCCAACUCCAUCCUCUAUUUACUUAACCAUUUGUGUCAGGCACUUUCAAACUUUCAAAGUGGUUUGCGUGCAUUAUCUAUCUUAGAAUCCUUACAACAGCCUUGUACUAUCCCUCAUAUUACUGAUGGGAGAACUGAGACAAAGAACUGAGAUGCCAGUGAGUUCAUGACUGAGACAAGAGUCACACUGGGGCCUUCCCAGAUCCAUAGUUUAGUCUUGUGGCUGCUAUACUAUGCCAGCACUCCUCUACUACUACUAUCCACUGGCCUCUUUCAGGCCUUGGAGCAGCAUUUGUUUGUGUAAGAGCCUGUUUGUUUCCCACUUUUCUGCUGCCGUUUUUCCUCUGAUGGAGGGGAGGCUGCUUAUCAAUUGCCACAGCAGAAGUUUCUGGGGAAUGUGUGGAAUGUUGGCAACAGGUGGGGACAGGCAGAUGUGCUUAUCUGUCACAACAUAUUUCACUGAGAGUAGUUUUUUUAAAAAAAGUAAUAAUCUGUGACCUUAUUUGUGCAACAGAUUUCUAUAUCCGUUGUCACUUAACAGCCGAUACAGAACUGAAAGAUGUGCAUCUUCCUUGCUGUGGGAUUAACUGCAGAUUUCCUUUCUUCUUGAUUUGGCUUCAGAACGCAGCUAUUAAGUGUUGGUCACUGCUCUGGCUGUAAUCUGGUUUACAAGUGCUGUCGUGAAUACCACUGAUUUAAAGAAUACUGUACGAAAGUAAGGAGAUGGCAGGAUGUUCUUGAAACCUUGGCUUGACCUCUGUUCACUGGACCUAAUAAUUCACAUUUGGCUGGUCUCAUCAGUAUGUUUACUGAACAGCAAAUCACACAGCUGAUAGUGGAUGAAAGUAUGGGAAAUGUUUUAGGGAGUGGAGGAGGAGGAAGAAUGGAAUUCAGCUGUGAAGUAAAUUUUAGUGGGUUGAGAAAAGAGUAUAUUCUGUACUCUCAAAACACUUGCCCAGCUAUCACUUACAUUUUUUUUUGCAAGAUGCUGACAAAAGGUGGUUCACAGAUCAAGUGCUUUGAAAUAGACGUCUCUAAUAAAACUUGAUCAAAUUCAAAGGAAAUCUGCAGGAAUAGGUCUUUUGACAAAAGUUGACCAGAAGACCAUGGAGUAUUGCACAAAUCAUCCUUAAUUUUCCAGUUUUGGUUCCAGAUCAAAGGACUGCAUCUUUCAGCUUAUUAAUUUAAAGAACUUCCAUUUUCAGGGGCAGCAUAGCUCUGAAUAUCAGAUAAUGAGGGGCAAACAAAAUGGCCAUUACAACUGUGUCUAAGUUUGUCAGCUUCCAGAGGCAUCUGGGUUAAAACUGUUGUAAGCAGACUGCUGAUGGAGGUAAAUAUUGGUUUGCUCCAGCAAGACCAUUAGAAAUCACAUAUAUGUGCCAUCCAGCACCUUGUUCCUAGAACCACAACAACCUAGAUGGUGCUAUUCAGUUACCCUACUGCAAGUAGUGUUUUAUUCCGUAUUUAUUCCUGCCACACUUUUAAGAUAGAGUUGCAAGAUUGCCCAAAGAUUCCCAUUUAACUUCAUGACUGAGCAAGUAUUUAAGUCUUGGUCUCCCACGGUUGAAUACAAAUUCUGUCCUUUGCAAUCCAUAUUGCCCCAUUCUAAUCUGUUUGGGAAAGAAUAGUUCAAACAUCGAACCUUCUUGGUUUAAUGCAUUGCAUUCAGACAUCGGUUUGGUAUGGACUUCAUGUUUGAUCAUAUUAAAUACAAGACAUGAAUGUGAAUGAGCAGUAGUGAGCUGAUGCACAUUGCUUAGAAGCCCCCACUUUGCCUGCUGUGGCCAAGCUGGGGCAGAAACAAAUCAGGAGGUGGCUUUGAGUUACAUGUGAACCGGCACUCAUGUUUUUUCUUUCCAAACAAACCAUGAGUAGAAGCCGAUGUUGCUUAGCUUACCAGUUGAGCUUGUUUUAGGGAAACAACCCACCUGCUUUGGCUCACAGUACUGCAAAGCUAGCCUCUGGCUUGUUUUCUGUCCGGUGCAGCAACAGGAGGAGCACGGCGAAGCAGGGACUUUUGAGCAAUGUGCACCAGCACACUGCUUGUUCAAAACCAUAGUUUAUUUACAUCAAACUGUUUAAUAUGGUGUCUAAACCAGACUUCUUUUUCAGAUUGGGAUAGUUUGCAUGCUUCAGAUUCUCUAAUAUGCUGUAACUUCUAAAAUACCAAGGAAUUUGUAUCUCUUGGCAUUAUCUCCUUAUUGACAGGAUUAGUGAGGGUAUUCUCAAACAACUUGUGCUCUUCACUUAACCACAGUGAAGUUGACCAGAUCUCCUGAAGGAUCUCUCUGUGCUAAUUAACUUGUAACAUGGAGCUACCUGUAGGGGUUUAUAAACUGUACUGUUCUACAUCCAGAGGCUGGAAGUAGCUUAUCCUAUAAGCCUCUGUUUUGGAAAGAAUGUUUAAACUUUCCUGAGGCAUUGACUUCUAAAUCAGAAGCUACAAGUUGCAUAGUGGCAACAAACACUGAAUCACUGUUGUAAAGCAGAACAACGGCAUUUAAAUUUAUUUGGAUUUAUUAAUUGCCAUUUCUGCUAUUUUUCUAAUUGGGCUUAGAGCUAGCUCCAGUGUAGUAAGAUAUACUGUUCUGCCUAUGAUGAAUGUGAGGAGGAUUGAGAAUAAAGUAGAUUUUUUUAAGAAAACAAAACCCCAGUGCUCUCAUUUUCCAAUCUGUGGGAGGCUUUUUUCUUGUUGCUCCCUGAGCACCUGGAGUGUCACUACUAGUUUAUCCAAGCACUCUUAGACUAUGACUAUUUGCUUGCUUCUAUCACCCACACUGCAUAUUUUUGAAAAUAGCACCAGACAUAUUGUACCGCCUCGCCCAAACAAUUUAAAUAGAUUUGGCUGUAAGCAUAUUGCAUGGGCCAGUUGGAAAGGAAUGAGGUGACUUUUAUUUUUUGAGUAUUGCUAAAAAUUGAACAGCUCUUAAGAGUGCUUGGAAAAGGAAGUUUCAAGUUUAAGGAUUUCUGAGUUAUGCAAUUCAGUAUUGGAUGAAAUAAAGAAAAGCAGGAAGGAGAUAUUAAAAUAGCAUUUUGACAGACCAAAUAACGAUGGUCAGUAGGGAGGCAGUAAUGCCGUGAAGUCUGUGUGGUUUAUGUAGUGUGUUUGCGCUUGUACUUAAUGACCACAAGGUGAUGCUUUAGGUUAUUCACCCCCAAACUCAGCCCUCCAGCUGUUUUGGGACUACAACUCCCAUCAUCCGUAGCUAACAGGACCAGUGGUCAGAGCUGAUGGGAAUUGCAGUCCCCAAACAGCUGGAGGGCCGAGUUUGGGGAUGCCUGCUUUACGUAUUGUACGCUUGGGUAUCUGAAUGGGCCACACUUGGAAUACUUAGUUUAGUUCUGUUCACUUCAGUUACAAAGACGACUGCAAUAAGUGUGUGUGUGUGUGUGUGUGUGUGUGUGUGUGUGUGUGUCUUGAUGCCUACAACUGUAUCUUUAACUAAGCUCAUUAAGGAACAGGAAAUUUCAACAAUCUAAAAUAUCUGAAGUAUGUAAAGUGAUUGAGAACCUGAGGUACCAUAAACACUAUUGGCCAAGAGGCAGAGAUGGUAAAUCAACAAUAAUCACCAGCCUUGUUUUUCUUCUUCAUUCUAGGAUAGCUAAAAGCUAGGAAGACAUAGUAUGAAUCUGCAUGUAUUUAAAGCAGAAAGAUCUAGGCUUGUAGACCUAGUCUGGUCUUUUAGAUCUCUUCUAUCAGCUGCCUAUAACUAAUACAGCUGUAGAACAGGCAGAUUCACUGAGAUGCAGAGGUAACUUACUGCCUAUUUAGAUCUGGAGAUAAAGUAGCUAGUAAAUGUGUGAUUAAAACACUGGAGAAGGGGACAUUAUGGCUUUCAGGGAGAGGAAGGUGGGGAUAGAAAGGCAAACCAGGGCUACCAUCCUUCUGUAUAUCCUCUGUAGAGAUGUUUUGAAAGUGGCACUCACAAAGAUUUGGAUUGUUUUUUAAAAAUGUGAUUUUUACCAGAGCUUGCUGGGAUUUACCAGAGCUUGCCGAGUGGGCUUGAAGAGGUAUAAUGGCUGCACCCACCCUCUGUUGUACCUUCCUACUUGAAGGCCUUGUCAGACAAAGCCCACUUGUCUAGCUAAAGGGCUGUCCUCCAGAAGGCUCUGGGAACAGAAAUUCGUGGUAAGAAUUUCCUUUUGUUCUCUGGCCUUUUGGGGCCCAUGGGCACACUUUCAAACCAGGCACCCCAUACACACUCUGCCACCUGUUCUGUUGUUGGCUAUAAUAGAAUGCCUCUUCGAAGCCCGAUUUCAAUGUGGGGAGGGGUACCUGUGGACAACAAGGAUGCAUCACAUUGGUGUCCUCUGUUUCAUUAAAUUCCAAGCUUCUGUGGGAGAUUAGCAACCUUUCUAUUCCCCUCCACUUUUCCUUGACUUUCAACCUUUUGUCCCAGAUUUUGCAACAAGAUCAAAUAAUGUGCAUGAACUAUAAACAGAUAGCUUAAUUGCAACAGUUGCAUAGCAAAAAGGAGACUUGUUUUUAACAGCGAUGUGCCAAUCUUGCAAGAGGGUCUACCAGUGUAUUUUUAUUUUUAUUUAGUUUUCAUUGGGUGACUGAAAUGCCUGAGUGAGCUGUGCUAUUUACAGAGUAGGAUAUUAUCCUACAGUAUGUUCCAUAGGCUAUAUUCGCUCCUAGAGAGUUUCUGAGUGCAAUACAAAUUUAGCUUUGACCUCUAAAGCAAAGGCCUGUUACAUGUUGGAUAUGGUGUGGCAAAGUUUGUGUUCUGAUCAGCUGAAUUUAAUGUGUUUUAUGUAAGGUCUAGGAAUACACCUUCAAACAGACUAACAUGAUACUCCUCAGUGGUUUAUUUCCUCCCACCCCUUUGUCAUGUAUAGGUUGAGUAAUAUUAUCCAUGCUGCUUUGACCCUUUGGAAUAUGUUUGAGGUAACACAGAAAAAAUCACUUAUACAGUGGUACCUCGGUUUACAAACUUAAUCCAUUCCGGAAGUCCAUUCUUAAACUGAGGCACGCUUUCCCUAAUGAGGCCUCCCGCCAUCAGUGUUCUUCCGCUGUUCGGAUUCCGUUCUUAGACCGAGGUACAGUUCGCAACCCAGGACACUACUUCCGGUUUUGCGGAGUUCGUAAACUGAAUCGUUCGUAAACAGGACGGUUCUUAAACCGAGGUACCACUAUAUAUCACUAAACAGGGAUGUAAAAACCCCAAGUGAUUGGUCACCUGCACACCCGUUGCUUCACUAGCACAUACAUAGGUCUGUGCAGAUUUGGUGCUUCUAUUUCAUGCUUAGGAGCUGGAUAUACAAUUCUGUUGCUGUAAGAGGUUUUCAAACUUUUUGAGUCCACGGCUCCCUUGACCAACUACAAUCUUCCAGUGGGGCCCCUAUGGGGCUCAGGAGCCCAGUUAUGUCACCCCUGCAGACCUGGCAGCCUCUCACCCUUUUUUGAACACCUUUGUGGAGUGCUCCCUCUGCCUCCUCCCCUCUCCCCUCUCCUUGAGAGUCCUCUGAGCAGCCGCUUCUCCCACCCCUGGUCUCUGAGCUGCCCUCCCUGCCUCAGAGAAAGGUCCCUCCUUACACUGCCUCACAGAGGCCUGGGAAGAAGAUGCCUCCAGCCUUCGUGGCACAAUGGAGACUGGCCAAAGGUGAACAUGAGGCCGGCACCUUACCUUGGGAGGCAGCAGUGGGCGCUGCUGGGCAUUCCUGGUGGAAAAUCUCCCCUUCAGCACUGGGCACUCAGCUUCCAGGCAGGCAUUGCACAAGAAAGGACAGUGCAGUGCCUGCCUGCCUGCCACUAGUCUGUCCAUUCCCAACAGCAAGGGCUGGUGGACUAGCUGGCUGGGCUCCCUCAUCCACUUGCUUGCUUAACUCCAAGGCCACCUCAGCUCCUUGCAGCCAACACUCCCUGGCCAGCCCCAGAGGCACCAUUUUUAAAGAAACCCUACAAGCUUGUAGCCAGGGCUGCUUCAACAAACAGCCACACAAGCUUUUGGGAGGCAGAUAUAAGAGGGCAUCAGAGGAAGGGAGGGAAGGAAAGAGGCCAGGGUUGUGUGUGGCACCCUGACCAUCAUUCAAGACACCCCAGGGUGCCAUGGCACACUGGUUGAAAACCACUGCUGUAGGUUCUUGUCAAGGUUCAUGUACUUUUAGAUGUUGCAAGAGAAUGCAUUAUGCAAUAAUUGAUUACUGCAUUAUUUAUUUGCUUUGCAUAAAUGUAAGUUUGAAAGUUCAGAUUUUAUUUUUUAUUUUUAAACUGAUUUGGGGGGGUAUAAUCUGGAGCAGGGUAAGGAAAGUGUAUAUGAAUUAGAUCUGGGGGUUGAGAUGAUUUCUGUCAGGGUGGGACAGGAAGCUUGUGGGGGUCACAUAUCCUUGGACACAACCUGGAGCUGUGGGCUUGUGGUGUAUGAGGUGAGAGCAGAGCUUUUUCCAAAGCUCAGGUUCAUGAGAACAUAAUUUCAGUGAUCAGUAAAUGAGAAACUGACAUACCCUGCCGUUGAUUGUGACUGCCAUUUAUCAGUCUUUGGGUUUCACUGCUUCACUUCACAGUGGCAGAGGUGAGAAAAACGACCCUCUGAAUUAAUGUAAUGUUAAUAUUUAAUUCUGGGAAACACAGCAUGAUUGCACAGUAAAAUUUCUUAAUGCUAGCAUAUUUUAGUUGUUUAAAUUAAAAACCUUCUAUUUUGUUUUUAUUUGCCUAUAAAUUCCAUAAAUAAAUACAGAUCUACAUAUCCAGGUAUGUUGGCUUAUUUUCUUAUUUAAUGCCCCUAAACAAAAAAGGACAGGCACCUCCACCCCCCACCAAAAAAAGCCCAAUUUGUAACACCAGAACCUACAACCAGGUAAAAUAUGCCCCCUAAAUAUUUCCAAGUCACUUCUCCUCCCCCAAACUCACCAGACAGUGGCAGCAUUCCUUUUUCCCCCUCCUACACAGGCUGCAAAACAAAGCAUUGGCCUCCAGCUGCCCUGCCCUCCUUUUCCUAUGAAGACUUUCCCUGAGCCCAGAGGCAUUCUGGGGAAUGCAGAGGAAGAGGGCAGGGUGACUGCAGGUCUGCACUUCUCCUUUUAGCUAUCCCAGCCAUCACCCAAGGUAAAAGAAAAAAACACCCACCCACACCCACCAAACCCUCAAAUAUUAAAAAUCAGGAGGCACAUGACCUAAAUAUUGGCUCUGAAGACUAAAAUCUCUCAUCGCAUGAUGCAUUGCUCAUUCUUUUAUUAACACAAUAUACUUAAUAUGCUACUCAACAUGCACAAAUGCUUUCUGAAAUAAGUGGAACCUAGAAGCACUGGGAUCAGGGCUGCUGUGUGCUUAGCUUUAUUUAAACAGAAGUAGUUGAUGAAAUAGUGAUGUAUGGAAGUGAGAGCUGGACCAUAAAGAAGGCUGAUCGCCGAAGAAUUGAUGCUUUUGAAUUAUGGUGCUGAAGGAGAAUCUUGAGAGUCCCAUGGACUGCAAGAUGACCAAACCUCUCCAUUCUGAAGGAAAUCAGCCCUGAGUGCUCACUGGAAGGACAGAUCCUGAAGUUGAGGCUCCAAUACUUUGGCCACCUCAUGAGAAGAGAAGACUCCCUGGAAAAGACCCUGAUGUUGGGAAAGAUGGAAGGCAAAAGGAGAAGGGGACGACAGAGGACGAGAUGGUUGGACAGUGUUCUCGAAGCUACAAACAUGAGUCUGACCAAACUGCGGGAGGCAGUGGAAGACAGGAGUGCCUGGCGUGCUCUGGUCCAUGGGGUCACGAAGAGUCGGACACCAGUAAACGACUAAACAACAACAAAGUUGAUGAAAAUAAAAUCAUACAAAGCUUAUGCUGGUACAUGCUUUCACCAGGUACAUGGGACAGGUACAUGCUUCCCCCUUUCAGUUCUCUGCAGAGAAAGCCUCCUAUAAGAUGCAUAUUGCUGCACAGGACUGUAUAUAUUUGCUACACUUGUACCCCGGUUUUCCUCUAAAGGGCUCCAAGAAGAAUUUUAGCUUUUGCAGAUCUGUGAGGAACAUUAGACUGAGACUUCCCACGGCCACCCAGUGAGCUUCAUAGUUGAGCAAGUAUUCACACCUAGUUUUCUCAUAUCUAGGUCAAACACUGUAGCCAGUACAUCAUGCUGACUCUGACUAAACAGGAAGUAUCAGUGGCUAACAAAUUCAUGUACGGUUUGAAUUAGUUUCAGCAAAAAGUCGAGGAGGAUAGGACAAGACCUGUUCACAAACACCCAGUGUUCUGUUCCAGGUCUACAGCCCACAGUGUGUGCUUUGGUGGUAUGGUUGUACUGUACUGAUUUUCCAUUGUAACAUAGAAAUUUAAGUUUUAAAAAAAUGAAUAGCAAAUGAGCUUUAGCUGGAUUCUGCAUUGCACAGAUGCAUGCUUUCGCUUACAUGGAUGGAAAAUGCACCCAAGUUAGCUAAAUGCAAAAAAAUUGCAAUACACUUACCCAGUACGGGACUACUUAAUUUUACUUAGCCACGAAUGAUCACCAAUUAAGAAAAAGAAGACGGACUCCACAAAAUUGUGUUGAAAAUGUAGUGUGCCUGCUAAUUAAAAUUCCUCUUUUCUGUUCCCUUCCCUUCUCUACCUCAUACCCUCUUUUCUGUAUUUUAAUAUGGCCAAUCUUAAAGUAGUUUUGCGUAUGUUUUGAUUUGAUUUGUGUUUCAUGUCAUCUUUUUGUAAUGCAUGAAGGCUUACUCUGAGAAGGAGAGCAAAGUCCAAAACCACUUCUGUAGUCAGCAUUACUUGCAAAAUCACUUGCAAAGACUUUCCUGAAAACGACCAAGUCUCGUGAUGCCUUAAACACUGUCAAAGGUUAUCCUGGUAUAAGCUUUUGUAGAUGGCAGCCCACUGUUUCAGAUGCGUUUGUAUUUGCAACAGAGAUGCAUAUCUAUGGUUGGGGGGAGGGGAAUUAUAAACUUUAAGUUCAGGAGGAAAUAAAAUGCAGAAUGUGAUAAUUAUAUUCCGUUAACAUAGGCAUCCUGGCAUUGGUAAGCCAAUUGAAACAAGCAGUGUGAUAUCCCAAUUUGGUUCACAAGAAAGAAUUCAGCAAGAAGUUCGAUGCUAAUCCAACAGUUUCAUGUUGCAGUUUCCCUUUGGCAUUCUAUCAUGGCUAUCUUAUGAUCUGCUAAAGUGUGUGGUUGAAAUGUUCCCCCACUGAUACUGACAUUUCUUAUCUCAGAUUUGUGCCCUUUUUUGGGGGAAAGCAGCAAUCUCUAAUUAUUUGAUCAAAUUUUUAUACUUCCCUUAAUUAGAUCUCAGGACAGUUUACAAAACACAGAAAUGUUUAUUCAUAUUGGUGACAACACUUUUUAGAUAUGCAUAAUUUCGCAACACAGUAAUUCAGUUUUGCAUCAUUUCACUACACAGCAAUUCAGUUUUACUAGCAAACCAGAGUUUAAACUAACCCCUUUCUAGCCCCUGGAGGAGAGUGGGGAGCAUUCACAUGACACACCUACAUACUGCAGCCAAUACACUAACAUGUCACAACACACAGUUCAGUUCUAGGGGAAGGGAAUUCCACAGAUGGGUUGCUGUAAUCAAGAAGGUAUUUUCCUGUAUCAUCACAUUCACAUCAAGCUAUGCCCAGCAGUGCAACCAUGUGAAGGGCCUUCCUAGCAGAAUUUAAGGCUCAGGCCAGGACAUUUCUUCAAGUAUUUGGGACCUAAGUCAUGUAAGACUAUAUGUUAAUGUUGAACCUUGAAUUGGGCUCAGUAGCAUCCUGCCAGUCAGUGCCGUUUUCACAGGAGUGGUGUGUUACGAUUCUGAUUAAAUACACCACUCACCAAUCUGGUAGUCACAUUUUGCAAAAAAUGCAGUUUUCAGAUCUUCACAAGGUAGCCCUACCAAAGCUGGUGGUGUAGCUGGAGCUAGACAUAGGCAAUCCUUGCCACCAAUGCCAUCUGGAUCUCUAGUGACUGUGUUGAAUCAUGGAGAAGCCGAUUAACUAUAUACCUGCUUCUUCAGUGGGUUAUCUAGAGCAGGUCACCUCUCCAUGUAGAAGGGAAUUGUUGGCAGGUGGCUUGUAUUAUAUUAGAAGCUGUGAUGGGGAUGAUGUUAUUAGAUCUUCUAAUGUUGUGGAGUUGACAUGGGGACAGAGGCAGGGUUUGGAUCUGGAUGUGUGGCAGGGUCUAGUGGCUUGGUGUCUGUUUUAUGGCCAGUUGUUCAUAAGUAGCUGUUCUAGGUUAAGAGGGUGUCUGUAUACAAGUGUGGGCCUGCCAUCCAAAGCCUGUGAGAAGAAAGUGUGCUAUAGAUCAUGAUAUAUUUGAUUGGUUUUAACUGGGAGCUGAAAGGGACAAGUGGCAAUCUGUAGUUUUCUCUUCUAGAUAUGCACUAUAGUAGAAUAUUCCUGUGUACCAGUUUUGUUUAUCUCUUUUUCCAUUGUGUUGCAUGGGUGUUGGAUUCCAAGGAAUGUCUGGUGAAAAUUUGAAAGUCGCAAUUUUCUGUCUGAGUCUGUGAACAAAUGCAAUUGUAGGGCUUGGCUGUAGACAUGUGGAUUCUUUUGCGGUGUGUUCUGAGUGGAAGCUAGUAGCUUUCCUAUAUAAGCUGGUGAUUAGAUGUCCAUCAUGGCCUAUUCUACACUCUACACACACCUAUAGAUUCCUAUAGAUGCGUGUUACUUGCAGCAUGGCACUCUGUGGUUUCUCUUACAGUUGCAAUAGGAGUCUAAUGUAGCGCAACUUGGAAGAGCAGUGUGGCACUUGUUUCAUUACUCCUGCCCACUUGAGGUUAUUUUAAAACUUUUAUCUAUUUCUAAGAAAAGUUCCUGGUAAUGUCAUAUAUAGCAUAAUUGAGGUACUUAAAGAAAAUGUUGCUGGUCAGUGUGGCUUUGUUCAGCUUAUUCCCUUCGUACCACAGUGCUUUCCCUUCACAUAGCUGUGAGCAGAACCAAUUUAAAGCAGUAGUGCAGCUCAGUUGCAGGAUCUUCAGCGUAUUUGAAGAGUUCACUCCAUAUAACACAGAUUACCAAACAGAAGUCACUAGGUAGCAAAAACCAGAACAUUAAAAUUGGAAUUAAUGUACUUCAUGUGGUUAAAUCUAUUCACCUUGGAUUAAAUGCACCCUAAUGACAUAUUAGUAUCUCUCUUUUAGGAUACUAUAGUAGUUCUGAAUGCUUCAUGCAAAGCAGUGUACAAGACUUACUUGCUAAAAAUACUUUUCUUCACCUCUUUGAAAAGCAGUAGGGUUCAUAUAUUGGGACCACUUCCUUUCAUGCAUGCAGCGUACAUAAUCUUAUAAUCUUAUACCACAGAGGAGGAACAGUGGCGGGUAGUGUGAAGAGCUUUCAAAUAGUUAUAUUUAUUUUAACUUUCCUGAGACUAAGAAUAAAUGAACUGGAGGAGAGCCUCAAAACAUGUCACAAUAAAGAAAUGCCUUAAGUUUCAAGAGAUGAGGAAUUUUGAAGUAGCUAUACUAUGUACAACUCAAAUCCACUUCGCCAAUUUCAAAACAGCCCUUUGCUUAAGAUAAUGUCUAUGUAAAAAGGAAGGCGUAAGUACAAAACUAUGAGCAAUUAUGCAGCUUUACUUCCUUGCACAAUCUUUCUGUUAAACCAGAACUGUCUGAAGUACUGCGUGUUUUUCACUUCAGAACAUUCAUUAUCUUGUGUCCUUCCCUUUGGUCUACUUGAUUACAUACCUGAAAUGUGAUUAGCAAGACUAAUAUUUGCAUAGUAACCUUGGUCCUAAAGCAUCCCAGGGAGUCAGAGUAAAACUUCCAGUUUGCAGAACUUUGGUCCAAAGGUCUUGCAUAUUUUGGUGCUGUGGAGUAUCGAGGAAAGGAAUUUAGAUUAAGGAGGGAUUUGGGGUGAAAAGACUCUCCAAGGUUAGUUCUUAGCCUCUGGGAGAAAUGUGUUCCUGUUAAGAGAUGAAAUUGGUUCAAGAAAAUCUAUCUUUUCUGAGGAGCAUUGGCAUUACUGGCAGGGGGUGAAGGUUACAUGAAGGCCUUCCUGGGCUUUUCCCCCUUGUAUGCAUCUUUUUUUUAAAAAAAAUAUUUUUUAUUAAAGAUUUUAUUGGGUUAUAAAAAUACGUGCAUUGUCUCUAUUUGCAACCCUUAUAUGUAUCUUGAAAUGUUGGUAGUAAAUCUCAUAUGGGUAGAAAUGUAACAGCUUAGAGCAGUUUUUCUAGAAGGCUUUGAUAUGAUUUCUUCCUGCUGUGGGAUUGAUGACUUGUAUAAUAUGUAUUAUCUGGCCUUACAAAAUGGUAUAAGUUUUUACGUAAUUUUGGAAGCUGCUUUAUUAUCAUUAUUAUUUGUUCUGUUUAUAUCCCACCCUUUAUCAAAAGCUCCCAGGGUUGUGUACAGCAUUAAUAACACAUUUUAUGAACCAUUGAUAAUAAAAACAUAAUAAAAAGCAUAAUAACAAACUAAUCAUAAUAACAGUCAACUGACCUGACUCCCCCCACAAAAAAGCUUUAACAGGCUAUUCAGUGGCUAAAGGCCUGGCUAAAGAAGAAUGCUUUUGCCUGGUGCCUAAUGUAAUGAUGGUACCAGGUGAGCUUCUCUGGGGAGAGCAUUCCACAGUUGGGGGGGUCACUCUCUGAACCCAUCAAGGAGGAGGGACACAGAGAAUGGCAUCAGAUGACAAACACAGGGUCCAGGUCACUUUGUAUGAGAGGCGGUCCUUAAGGUAUUGAGGGGCUUUCAGGGCUUCCCUUAUUUGGUUUUGGAGGCCAAUGUUUUGUUCUGUUUGCUGUUUGCAGUUGUUGUAUGAAGAUUUAUGCAUUCUGUCACAAGUAGUUGCUGUUUGCAGUUGGUGUUUUUGUUCAUAAAGACUAAUGUUAUGUGCUCUAAUGUGGUUCUGGCCAACAGCAACAAAGCACUCCUGGAUCAUAUUUUUCCAAUUAAAGUAAGCACAUUUUGAUAAAUGGAGCCUGUAGGUGUUUGCUCCCAAAUCCAGGUGGGCAGCACAUUAUGUAAACACACGAGCUGGUGGAAAGGCAGUGCCUACAUUGCCAAGUGUUCGGUUUUUUUGUUUUUCAAAGAGCCAUGGAGCACUGAAGUGACCGGCUUUCUUUGAUGUUUGGACCUUGAAUAAAGGUACACUUUGUUUGUUUUAGAUUAUUUUCCUGUUCAUUUCAGAAACUUCCUCACAAUCUUUAGUACUGCAAUGUGUAAAGGACUAGGUGCCUGAUUUGCAAGGCAGCUUUGCUGAUCUUGUAGUAGUAAGUUCUUGUAGUAAGUAGUUCGUCCAAAGGAACCAUUAACACAUUCAGUAUUUGCUCCCUCCGAUAACAAACUCAUGUUGUGAGUGCUGUCAUAAAUGGCGUCAAAACAGAGCCACUCACAAAUAAGAGGCAGCUAUUGACAUACUCUGGGGAACCAUGAGGACCAGAAGGAGAGAAGAAUAGUAUGCCUUGCUUAAAUUCCUUUACAGCUAUAGUAUAUUGGAGAAGGGCCUGGCUGGCUGGUUUGGUAGGAAACCUGAACAGAGACACUCCUAGUAGGAGGUGUUUCAACUGGGCCUGGGUGAUGUAUAGCGGCUUCACCCAGCAGUAUAUCGCAAGUGAAACCGACACUGCUUCUGAGUCCCUCUGCUACCAAUGCCAAUUUCAACAUUGAGCCGCUGGUAGCAUAGAAUCAUAGAAUCAUAGAGUUGGAAGAGACCACAAGGGCCAUCGAGUCCAACCCCCUGCCAAGCAGGAAACACCAUCAGAGCACUCCUGACAUAUGGUUGUCAAGCCUCUGCUUAAAGACCUCCAAAGAAGGAGACUCCACCACACUCCUCGGCAGCAAAUUCCACUGUCGAACAGCUCUUACUGUCAGGAAGUUCUUCCUAAUGUUUAGGUGGAAUCUUCUUUCUUGUAGUUUGGAUCCAUUGCUCCGUGUCCGCUUCUCUGGAGCAGCAGAAAACAACCUUUCUCCCUCCUCUAUGUGACAUCCUUUUAUAUAUUUGAACAUGGCUAUCAUAUCACCCCUUAACCUCCUCUUCUCCAGGCUAAACAUGCCCAGCUCCCUUAGCCAUUCCUCAUAAGGCAUCGUUUCCAGGCCUUUGACCAUUUUGGUUGCCCUCCUCUGGACACGUUCCAGUUUGUCAGUGUCCUUCUUGAACUGUGGUGUCCAGAACUGGACACAGUACUCCAGGUGAGGUCUGUCCAGAGCAGAAUACAGUGGCACUAUUACUUCCCUUGAUCUAGAUGCUAUACUCCUAUUGAUGCAGCCCAGAAUUGCAUUGGCUUUUUUAGCUGCCGCGUCACACUGUUGGCUCAUGUCAAGUUUGUGGUCAACCAAGACUCCUAGAUCCUUUUCACAUGUACUGCUCUCAAGCCAGGUGUCACCCAUCUUGUAUUUGUGCCUCUCAUUUUUUUGCCCAAGUGCAAUACUUUACAUUUCUCUCUGUUAAAAUUCAUCUUGUUUGUUUUUGCCCAGUUCUCUAAUCUUUCAAGGUCGUUUUGAAGUGUGAUCCUGUCCUCUGGGGUGUUAGCCACCCCUCCCAGUUUGGUGUCAUCUGCAGAUUUGAUCAGGAUGCCCUUUGAAUCCAUCAUCCAAGUCGUUGAUAAAGAUGUUGAAUAAGACCGGGCCCAAGACAGAACCCUGUGGCACCCCACUAGUCACUCUUCUCCAGGAUGAAGAGGAACCAUUGAUGAGCACCCUUUGGGUUCGGUCAGUCAGCCAGUUACAAAUCCACUGAGUGGUAGCAUAGUCAAGACAGCAUUUUACCAGCUUCUUUACAAGAAUAUCAGGGGGCACCUUGUCAAAUGCCUUGCUGAAAUCAAGGUAGGCUGCAUCCACUGCGUUCCCUUCAUCUACCAGGCUUGUAAUUCUGUCAAAAAACGAGAUCAGAUUAGUCUGACAUGACUUAUUUUUCAGAAAUCCCUACCAGAGGGACUCAGGAACAGCAGUGGUUUCACCUGCGAUAUACUGCCGGGUGAAGCCCCUUAUACUGCAGAGAGAGGCGCAAGCUGUAUCACCGGGCACGAUACAGCUUGUUCCUCCCUCGACUUCUUUAAACUGCUUCUGCCCUAGCUCUCUCAGCUGUGGAGUGGGAGCCGUUUAAUGCUCAGCUGAGCCGUGCAAAGAAGUCUGAGGUCCCUCUGACUAGACAAAGUCAAAUCCAGUUAUAUUCUAUAAGUAUAUUUUUUCACUGCUCUAACCCAGUAGUCUUCAAAAGAACUCAGUGGCAUAAGCGUAGUUCCCAGAUUCUCCAUCCAGGUAGUUUUUAAGACUGGGCCUGCUCAUUUCAAUGUACAUAAUGACUUAUUUGUUUCCAAGAUAGAUGCAUCAAAUGGCAUAGGUGUGGGGAAAAGGCCCCUCCCUCCCUGCACCUGUAAAGAGGCCUUCACAGCUGUUUGAAGACGCUGGUGGCUUGAACGGGGAAGUUGGGUAGCUGAAAUUUCUGCCCCACCCACAAAGUGGAGUCUUUCCAUAUUAGCAUAUGGUGCAGUUGUCACACAGUGGGGGUGGAGCUUCUGCCCAAAGCAAAAGACAACAUUAAUGCAUUGGGUGUGCAUUUGCACUAAUGUGGCUGAAGCUACCUCCAGAGUUGCUGUCUUUUAGCCUCAUAGUCUGCACACACUGACACCGUGAUGCUCCUUCCUGUGUUGUCUCCCCUUCCUCCACACUCCAGACAGAAAUUACUACUGCCCCAAGGCUACCAAAAUGUAGUAAGAAGCACAUUCAUGCAUUCAAAUAUUGUCUAAGCUAUUGGUUCAGACACUUUAUUGUGCAUUGGAAUGCACACAUAAAAUGUUAACCCGCAGAUCAGUAUUCUUCCAAAUUGGGUCAGAACUUGUUCUGACACAAUCAUUAGUGCAUGGGAGGAAUGUUCCCGUUCACUACAGAAGGUGUGCCUAACUGGGAGUUCUUGUAAUCACAUCAUCACCUUGGUUCUUGAGCUUUAAGAAAGCCUUCUAUUACUCAUUGACCUUGAAGAUCUUUCCUUUAAUGGUUUUAUCAGAGCAAAUGCUAGUCUAGUUUAUUAUUUACGUAUUGUCUGAGCAGUUCUGGGCCUGUGCUUUUUACAAGUAUACAUGGAGCAAAGUGUUCGUAUAAACUAUAAAGACAUAGCUCGUCAGUGUAGAUUCUUUUUAGCUGGUGAAAGACAAGCUUGCAUGAUGUGUCAAUGCCCAGCAAAGCUAUUACAUUUGAUACUUUCCCCUAUUAAAAGCACUAGUAUUGAAAAUGUUUGCUACCUAAUGAAAAGGUCAUCUGUGUACAGUAUAUAAAUAUGGAUAGAGCUAAUAAAGGGCCCCAUUUAUCUUUGUGUUGCAACUUCUGAAAUUGGAAAAUAUUGAAAUUUUUGCAAUACAAAAGUGAGAAGCGUGGAGGGGGUGGGAUCUUGUAUCAAGAGGGGAUUCCAGUCAGAGAACGUGUGGGUAGAGAUAUGCACCUGCCUAAUAAGGAAUACAGAGCGAGUGUCUUCACGCAGGAUAGAAUUCUGUUGCUCUUCUGCAGGAAGUUUCAUGUACCCAGAUGUGUUUAGGCAUUUUUGUCUCUGGUCCAUGCAGCAGGAAGCCUAUUUUGCAAAUAAUUCUUGCAGCAUGCACACCUCUCAGAAUAUAGAGACACAAUUCUCCCAAGCAACAUGGUGUUUGAAUGGAAUUUCCUACACAGAAGCAAUGUCCGGGUAGCAGUGACCUAUGUAAAACAGCUGUCAUCUUUCGAUUACUUGUUUGUAACAUUCCAACUUUGGGCUAGGAAAACUGUAGUGUGGAGUUGAGAUCAAAGUAGCGGAACUAAAUGGCAUGCAACAUCUUCCACUAAUGGCUCUUAAGUUCUGAUAAUUAAGGUGCAAACUCCCUGUGCAAACUUACUACUGUUUUCUUGAAAGAUUGCCCCGCUCUAUGAUGAUACAUCGUUUGAUUUCUUCCUUUGUUCACAUACUUUUAUGACUCAGUAAAGAUAUAGGGUAUGGGGAGUGAAUGACCUGGAAACAUUUAAUGCUGUGGCACUGCUGAAGCCAGGAAGUUAUAAACUGUUGCAGAAAAUUGGAUGGGAGGCUCCUGGGAACUCCAUGUAAAAGCGGAAAAUGAUGAAGACAUUGUGGGUGUGGGAGGGUCAACAAAAGCCUUGACAGAAAGAUUGAACUGGACUGGGGCAGAAGCUGGAGAAUUUUGAAAGUAGAGGGAGAGUGCUUUGGGCAGUUGGGCUUCAAGUUUCUGAAAGGCUUCAUGCACUAGCCAGAUGACAGAACCUUAGUCAAAGGGUCAUCAUGAAGUUUGUCUUCACCUGCUCAUUGACUCUGUGUGUGUUUCUCUUACAGGUACCAAGACUAGCAACAAUGAAUCUGGUGUGAAGGAUUGGUGACUGCACGGCUCUGUUUAGCUUGCUGGGCCCUGGAUCUCUUUUCUGGCUACAACGGAGUACUUGGCACGUGCUGAGAGAAUGACUCUUGGAUUUAUACAGCUGUCCCCAAUACUGGGGAGGACUUUGCUAGUGCUGAUGGUGACUACUACUGUUAAGUGCCAUUGGCCUAGUGAAGCCUCAGAAGUUGUACGGGACUGGGAAAACCAGUUAGAGGCCUCCAUGCAUUCGGUGCUUUCGGAUCUCCGAGAGAAUGUGCCAGCGGUGGUGGGGAUUCCUGACAGCUCUGCUGUAGUGGGUCGUUCCUUCAGAGUCACCAUCCCAACAGAACUAAUAGCUUCUAAUGGUGAAAUUAUCCAGGUGAGAAGUUGGGGCUGUAAUAUCUUCUGCCGUGUAUUUACUUCUAUCUUACUAGUCUUUGUCUUCUCUCUCUCCUUAAUGGGUGUGCUUAGAAAUUGACUUUUACAUCCAAAUGUCACAGAGACUAAGAUCAGGAUAAGUAUCUACUAUACUAAUUUGUCUAACGUGAUCCUAUUUUGAAAUCUGGGUUGACUUUUCAUGGAAUUUGAAACUUGAUGCCAGGGGAAGAGAACUUGUCAUAAACACGCUCCAAGCAUAAUCACUUUCCUAGGCAUAAAACUUUUGCAUUCCUCUUCUGACUUUGGUAGGAACAGGCAGCCAUGAUGUACUUUCCUGGCCUUAGGAUGCUACAGUGCCUGCCAGACCCAGCUUUAAUUUAUUAGUUGUAUUAUAAUUAUUUCAUUAUUGCAUAUUGAUAUUUUUUAUUAACUUUUUAUUUUUAAAUGUAAUCUUAUUGUUUAUUUAUGAAUCGCUUUCCAUGAGACACCCCAAAGCAAUUUGCAAUAUAAUAAAAACGUGCAAAACACACACACACAAAAACAACUUUAAAACAAUUAUUUUUAUAAGGACAGUUUAAAAAGCAACAGCACAUACAGUGGUACCUUGGUUUGCAACCGCUUUGGAUUACAACUGUUUUGGAUUACAACCAUGUCAAACCUGGAAGUGCGUGUCCCUUUUUUUGGAUUACAACCCAUUUUGGGGGGAUUACAACCAAUUUUUUGGGGAGGCCCCAUUGACGAAAGCGUGCCUUGGGUUACAACCUGUUUUGGUUUACAACCGGACCUACAGAACGUAUUGUGGUUGUAAACCAAGGUACCACUAUAUAUCAAACCAAUUCAAAAACCGAGAUAAAGAUUUCAGAAGGCUUAUUGAAAGAGGAAUCAUAGAAUUGUAGAUUUGGAAGGGGUCCCAAGGGUCAUCUAAUCCAAACAACUGGCAUGCAGGAAUCUCAACCAAUUCAUACAUGAUAGAUGGACAUCCAACCCCUGCUUAAAAACUUCUAAAACUUUGCAUGCUAUGUGAGGCUUUGUACACCCAUACCAGCACCUUGAACUUAGCCUAGUAGAUAACUGGCAGGCUGUGUAAUUCUUUCAGCACCAGCAUAAUAUUCUGCCCUGGUGAGCAGUCAAACCAUUCUGCACCAGCUUCUAAGUCAGUCUAUCUAUUAGUCAAACCUGAUAAAAGGCACUGUUAACCAUCCAGGUCACCUGGGCCUCUAGCAAUAGAGAGACAUCCAGACUAUAAACCUGCUCCUUCUGUAUAGCCCCAUUCAAAGCAAGCAAUUAAUCAGUUAUCCAGACUUGGAACUGCUCUCACACAGUGCCUCCAUCUUGAAAGAGUCAGUUUAUUGACCCUCACCUAGCCCACCACUGAGUCCAGGGCUUGCAUGGCCUGUCACAAUUCAAAUGUUACAGACAAAUUAUCAUUUCUCCACUGUGGUAGUGAUGUGAAACUUGCUGUUCUGGGGGAAAGUGUUGCAGUGCCCGAAGACAUAAAUUCUGCCACUAGUCAGCCAGCCUAACCAACAGCUUUUCAGCCAAAAAGUUGAGGCUGCAUUAGAAGGAACCUAGAAUCAUUUAUGGGAUACAUUUAUUUAUUCCUGUAAAUAAUCAGGAAGUACUUGCUGACUUUGCACUCCUUCCUGCCCCUUCUUCCUUGUUUUUAGUUAAGGAACCACUUUUUUAUUUCUAUUAAAAACAACAACAUUUAAAUGCAAUAAAAGCAGUGAAAGAGCCACACAAAACAGCACAGGAAAAAACGAAUACAGCAAACACAAAAAAUUAACCACAGCAAUUUGUACCAGAAAGGGAGCAACCAUUUAUUGCCCAAAAGCAUUCCCCCAAAGGGAGGUUUGGACCAUCUUGUCACUUGCUUGCCUUUGUGCUGAAAGAGCCUGUGUCUUUGAGUGGAGGAAGGAAAUAAGGCAUAUAUGAGUAAUUGACUGCACUGGGAUUGUGGAGAGUAUGCAGAAAGUGUUAGUUAAAGGGUUGGUCAAAGAUGUAGAGUCCCCCUUGCUGGAACCUCUCAAACAGAGAUAAUUCAGAGGUGAUCAUAACUUUUUUUGUGCCCUGUGCUUUAAAAAAGGUUCUUGGCAUGUAGUCAACUGUCUGGUUGCCAGGCCUCAACAUGGGCUGGCAAAAAGAGAUAUCAUUUAUACUCAUGCUCAUUCUUUUAUGUAGUUUAGUUACUGAGGCUUCGUUCUCAGUUUUUGCGCAAGAACUGCUUUGCUAUCCUGUGCUGGAACUAGUGCUUUGCUAGCAACAUUGUUGACAUGGUACAUUCAUAGAAAGCCAGAUGGGUGUUGCCUUACAGAGCUUGAAGGUCAAGAGAAAGUGAUAGGUACUGAUAACUGAAAGUAAGGGGCAAGAAUCUGCUUGUAAUCUGUUAAGUAGUUCCCAAACUGUAAGAGCAGUUGUAGUCCUGCUUCCCUUUUAGGAUACUUAGUUUUAAUCACUAAGAUGCUCAGAGAUCUUGAGAUGCAACUUAUUUUAGGCAAUGCCAGAGGUGUGUUAAGCUUGGACAACCUCAGAGGGUUCGCAAGACCUACAGAACUACAGGCUGAAUUUCAGUGCAGGAUAAAGGCAGCCUGACAUCUUCUCAAAAGAAGAAAUCGUAUCCUGCCCAAACUUGCUAUGCUGACUGUGCUAAACGGCCAACCUAUGCUUGGAAACGUGCAAAAUUAUUUUAUUCAUCUUGCUUUAUGCAGCAUCCAUAGGAUUUAAAAACCAGGAGGACUAAUAACAGUUAUGGCCUGUAAUCUGCAUAAUACAGGCCAUAAUUCAGUAACAGAAUUAGUAAUCAGCAUAAUCUGCUCUUCUGUUUUACAAAAGACUGCUUUUCACUUAAAAUCAUGGGGUAAAAAAACCCCAAACUACUUCCUUUUUUGGUUAAUCAGCCCCAUGCCCAAGUUUAUGCCUUAUUUUGCAGUCUUAUUUCUGACAUCCAUGACCUGCUAUGUGCCUCACUUACUGUAUUUUUCUCUCUAUAAGACGCACCAGACCAUGAGACACACCUAGUUUUUGGAGGAGGAAAACAAGAAAAAAAAAAUAUUCUGAACCCCAGAAGCCAGAUAGCCGCGCACAGCCUCUCCCGGGCAGCGGGAUGAAGGCUCCCCCAAGAGCCGUGCUCCCUUUAAAGAGCGCGCGGAGCAUGUGUGCGGCUCUUGGGGGCUUUUCCCCGAGGAGGAAGAACACACGCUCCACGGGGCUCUUUAAAGGGAGCGCUGAGCAGAGCCUCCCGCCUGCACUCGCUCCAUAAGACGCACACACAUUUCCCCUUACUUUUAAGGAGGGGAAAAGUGUGUCUUAUAGAGUGAAAAAUACGGUAGAUUAGCUCUUUAGUGCCGAACACUUUGAAUGCAUGAAUAUACCUAAUCCCCACGGUCUUAUGACAUCUAAACCUUUUGGGAAGUUCUGACAUGUUGAGCUCUCCACACUUUUCUGGGGUAGUAUUUUCAGCGUUUGUUUUUUAGACAUGUGAACCUUCAAAUUGGAUAUGUUACCUUAGAUCUCCUCUGGUCCAUGGGGUCACGAAGAGUUGGACACGACUAAACAACAACACCUUAGAUCUGUAAGCAAAUACACAGAAAUUACUUGCCCAUAACAAUUUCUUGUAGCCUCUUUGCCCCAUCCAUGUGGUAUUAAUUGUAUUCUACCAGAAUACAAUACCAGAGGUAUGAAAGGAAGAGAAAAUAAUCAACACUUCUCUUUGCUUUACAAAAGCUUCUCUCCUUUGUCACCUGGAGGAGAGUCUUACUAACUGCAGGUCAGAUAAAUGUCUGUUUUCAAGCCUGCAUUGUUUUGCUAUCAAGGUCACAAUGCCAUUUUUAAAUAGUUUCUUCUACCCUACAUGAGCUUUAAGAACUGUGUUAGUCUUCUUGCCAAAAGGGUGCAGUGUAAUACUUAAGGGACCAACAAUAAUUAGCAAAUAAUUACUCUACCUUUUUCUCUGGUCACACUGCUGAGUAAAAUCUCAACAAUUAUUCUGCAGAGCAAAGUAGGUUCCUGCUAAACAGAAGAGGCAAUUAUUGGGUAUGUUGGUGGUGAUCACUUUUGUUGAACACUCUUAAAUAGAAUCCCCCCCUCCCCCCAAAAAGAAACCAUGCUCAGAAAUAGAUAAACAUUUGGCAGCAGGUGUUUCUGUAGCAAUCGAAUGAAGGACCAAUCUGGAUCUGCCUUGGAAGCUACAAUAGUUAGGUUCUGUGACCUCCAACAAAAUGGAAGUAUGGGAAAGUAUUUCCUUUGGAGGUGGAAUCUCCUUCCUUUCAACCUCUCUGCAGUGCUGUACAUACACAUAACUGAUGCAAAGAUGGUGCCAUGUCAGUGAAUUGUCAAGAGCAAAACCAAAUCCAUUUAAUCUUUGGUUAAUUGUUGACUCCAUUUAAAUGGUGUUUUCUGUGACUGACGGACUAGUUGGCAAUAAAGCUAUGCAAAGCUGCUUUGCUUGCACGGACUGGAGACUUCUUUUCACAAGUCCAAUAACGAUCACCAUCUGCUGGAGAGGCUUUUAUUUAACAGGUUUAUUUAACAGGUUUAUUCUUAUCGGAUAUUAAGGAGAUUUCGUCCCACAAACAGGAUCUGAGCAGUUUUGUUCGGAGAAACCAAACCGGCUCAUUAUCAGCUGUGAGUGGGGUCACAUGGACAGGGCUCUGUCCCUAUUAAUGCAAUAGCUGCACUGUGAGAGACAUUCUUCUGAGGCAUUUGGAUGUAGCAAGGAGUUGCCAUCUAUGCUGCAUUUUUCUCUCCUGGCCUUCUGUUAAGAAGAUUAACACAUGGAUUUCUAACUGAACAUGAACUCAAGAUUAGGGUCAAUGUGGUGCAAAGAGCACUUUCCGUGAAAGCUUCAAGCUAAUGCAGUGGGAGCACUUGGCAGGCUGCCUGCUAACUAAUGGGUUGAGAAUUGUGCAUGCCUGGGUCUGUGGGAACCUAAUGCUGUUUGCCGUACAUAGUUGCAGUAACAUCUGUGGACUCCCAGGAUAUAAAGGGAUUGUCACAGAGGCAUGUGCUAAGAGACUCAAAGAAGAUCUUGUCCAGUUUUUCACUGGUGCAGUCAUGUAUGCCUCCCAUUGUGACGGAUUUUGGCCUUUUAGCUUCCAACAGUGGGUUCCACACUUGGAAGAUAUGACUCAGUCUAAUUACAAACAAACUUUUCACACUGACAGUUCCUUGUCUCUCGACGUUGCCGCUCCUGAAUAGUGUCCUCUAGCAUUGAAUUUUAAAGAAGGAGAAGAUAACCAGUAAGUAAUUGUAUACAUGGUCGGCGUGGCUUGGAUGAAGGUCACUAGCAGAAGUUUUAAUCCUCCUGCCAAUUCAGCCAUCAGGAUAUCUGCUGGCUGGGGAAAUAGCAGCAAGUGGUGAUUAGUUGGGAGUCCAAAGCAUCAAUAUGCGCCUAGCAUCUGGUGCAAAUGUUGUAUCAUAGAUUCUUUUUCCUUUGGCCUUUUGCUUGCAAAAAGGUCAUGUGUGGAGAAGUGCCCUCUUUCAAAAUUUGGCAUUCUGCCCUGGGCUGUGAGCAACAAAACGCAGAGCAGGAUUCAGGCAACAGGUCCCUUGUUCAAGCACCCUUCUAGACUCUAGAUUAAACGAAAUGUUUUCAGACCAGCAGCAUUUCAUCGGACAGUCAGUGUUUUGCAGUGACCACCCAGUGAAAUUACUGGCAUGCCCUCUUGUCAUAUGAGAGAGGAAAUGAGUUGUCCUCUGAAUAGUUCCUUUAUAAUAAAUAUGGGCACAUAUGGAAAUGGAAGGCGUUACAGUGGGAGUGGCAGAAUGGUAUUAGAUGGAGCAGCUGUUCAGAACUUUGCUGAGUUUUGAACAAUGUGAUCUCAUAGAGAAGUUGUUUUUUGCAGACACCAAAGACAAAUGUCACUUCAAAUACGGGUCAUUUCCACAUCUUUAAAAUGGAUCUUGCCAGGGUAUGGUUAAAUGUCUGGUAUGCAUAGUGGAAAUAUUCUAAUUGCCCACUGAUUAUUCAGUGUUUCCAUUUUCUCCAGAUGAAUAUACUGAAUGUUUUGAAACAAGAAAUUAAAAAAUGUGCCUUCAAUUUAGCAUCUGGUAUGCAGUUCCACUGUUAUACUAUAACCAGACAUGUGCCUUACAUUUUUUUCAUUUUACCGUAACACACCUAGUUGUCAGUACUACUUAGUUAGUAUUCUUGAGUGAGCCCCGUAGUUCCCUCUAGUGGUUACAUUGGAUGUCUAGAGUUUCAGAUGCUUGACUGGUGUUCCUGGGUGGUCCCAGAAGAAGGCAUACUGCAGAAUGUUCACUGCAUAUCCAAAAUAGCUUUCUCGAGGUCAGCAUUUGGUUUUAUGCAGCUUUUGUCCUUAUUUUCCAGGAUAACAAUCAUAGUGCAUCUUUUCUUCUUAAAUUUCUGACCUUUGAAUCUGACUCUCUUAAAAUUCAUGAUCAAUAAAAUACAGCUGUGACUAAUAGGUCCCAGAUGGCUUGAAGUAUGUUGCAUUUAGGUCUUGAACAGAUGCAAGGGAAUUCUAAUUCAAAGUAUAAUAAUGAAUUGAUCACUACAAAAUGUAGUUAUGGCUACUGGUUUAGGUUUAUUUUUAUUUUAAAAAGGGAACAUAUAAACACAUGGAGAAUAGAUCUCCCAAUCAAUAUUAGAGCUUCCAUAUUCAAAAGUAGUUUAUCUGAUUGCCAGAUGCUUGGACAAAUGGUGGAUGGUUAAUUGCAUCAUGCCCUUGGAGUGAGUAUCUUGAGCAUUUGGUUAGCCAGUGUUAGAAAGAGUGCUGGGCCAUGUAGACUUUUGAUCUUACCCAGCAAGGGAGUUCUUUUGCUCCUAAAUUUAGAAUUGAAGCAAUCUUCAUGAGUUGCAAUCUGCUUUUCAUUCACUGACUAUUCCUUGUUAUGCUGAGAAGUCAAAACCAACAUGGCUUCAGCAUUCAAGCUUGGUCAGACGGUCAAAUUUUCAACUGAACAUUGCCUGUUUCAGUUGCCUCCAUUGUUUGGGAGGAGGAGGAGACGUAGCUUGACCCUUUGCUUAGAGCAGGGGUCAGCAACCUUUUUCAGCUGUGGGCCGGUCUACCGUCUCUCAGACCAUGUGGUGGGCCGGACUAUAUUUUUUUGGGGGGGGGGGGAAAUAUGAACAAAUUCCUAUGCCCCACAAAUAACCCAGAGAUGCAUUUUAAAUAAAAGCAAACAUUCUACUCAUGUAAAAACAUGCUGAUUCCCGGACCGUCCGUGGGCGGAUCUAGAAGGUGAUUAGGCCAGAUCCGGCCCCCAGGCCUUAGUUUGCCUACCCAUGAUCUGGUCAAUCAACAUCAAAACCCAAACAUUUCCUGGAAAUUAUAAAACAUACUUAAGCAGGCUUUCAGUACAUUUUCCAUUUUACUGCCCAUUCACUCAGUUUGGAGAGGUCCUUUUCUUUUAAUGACUGAACAAUUGAGUAUCAUCAGCAAACUUGGCCACCUCACUACAUCCGUUUUUCAGUUAAAUCCAGUCAGGGUGAGGCAUCUGCAGUCGAGACAAACAAAAAUCUUCUGAAAAUCUUCAGGAAUUAAAAAAUUAUUCUGAGGGGAAACAUUAAAUUAUAGCAGUAGUAUCCAGGAUACUGGGUGUGGGGCUUGUAAAUAAUGGAUUUCAGCAUGAAUAUAAGCCCCAGAGAUGGAGUACAAAUUAGUAAAUUGGGCAGUGCAUUGAAAGGAAGUAACAGAUGUGCUGUGGAUCCCAAAAACUGACAAGAUCAAAUCCAUUCCAGAAGCAAGAAGUUGGCGUUGAGUUUUAUAGAUGGCAGGGGUGAAGGUGGUCUGUGAUUAGGGUAUUAAUCUACUUUCAAGCAUUUGUUGACACUAGGCAUUACCUCAUAAAUAGCUUGAUGGCAAUUUUAGAAAUCUAAAUUGUUCUAAAUCACUGUUGUUCCAUUUGGAGUACAAAUUACUUUUUUGCCAUGAGUCAUAGGAACAUGAUCAUCUUCCAUGAAAGCUGCUUGAGAUAUGCUUGUUUGUAAUAAUUGGAAACAAAAGCAGGCUUUUUCUUAGCAUCCAAGGAGAUAUUUCUGUCUUGCAUCAAAUGGCAGAGUUCACAGACGUGCUGAUGAUAGUGGGCAGGCAGCGCUGAACAUAACUGCUUCUCAAACUGAAUUGCUUGAGGGUUUGAAAUACAGGAUAGCAUUAAUAUGUGAUAACUAAAAAAGUUACUUUGGGGAUAUAUUUGAGUCCAAACACCCUAAACACUUACUGCUGCAUCUGCACACUGACAUUCCCGCUUCUGGCUUCACAUAGCCGCUCUUCUGUAUCAGACCCUCCCUGCAACUGCUUCCAUGUUCUGCUUUGUGGUGGCUUCAGUUGUUAAGAUCUAGGAAUAAGCACCUCCCAGCAGUCAAACUCCAGCAGCAGCAAAGCUGUGGGGGAGAGGGAGUGUGAGGUUUCAAUACACACAUCUAUUCAACCCUUUCCCAAGAAAAUUGAUCACUUUUAUGAACUAAGAUGCUUGCAUUCAGUAAUUAAUUUCAUUUAUUUGGGUUACAUUGUACCGUUCUAGGGGCUUACCCUUUACAAUAGCAAGUAGCCCACUAUUUCCUCUAUUUAAGGUCUCAUAGAGAGAGUGGGUGUGAGUGCAGGGUUCCGAAUCACGAAUAGAGCCAGCAUAUGUUCAGUAGGUUUCCCCUAUGCAGACAAGCUCCCCAUUGCAUGGAUUGGGGAGGGGGGAGCAUAGAUGAGCAGGCUCAGCAUGCACAUCCCUACCCUCUCUUCAUGCCGUCUGAAUGGCGUGGAAGAAAUAAUACUUAAAGGAAGAACUAAUAUGUCCCUCCUAUUGUUUGUUUGUUUUACUCCUAGAGUAACUUACAUGGUAAAAAGGUAAAGGACCCCUGGAUGGUUAAGUCCAGUCAAAGGUGACUAUGGGGUUGCAGCGCUCAUCUCGCUUUCAGGCUGUGGGAGCGGGCAUUUGUCCACAGACAGCUUUCUGGGUCAUGUGGCCAGCAUGACUAAAACCGCUUCUGGCACAACGGAACACCAUGAUGGAAGCCAGAGUGCACGGAAACGCCAUUUACCUUCCUGCCACAGCGGUACCUAUUUAUCUACUUGCACUGGCAUGCUUUCAAACUGCUAGGUAGGCACGAGCUGGGACAGAGCAACAGGAGCUCACCCCGUUGUGCGGAUUUGAACUGCCAGCCUUCUGAUUGGCAAGCCCAAGAGGCUCAGUGGUUUAGACCACAGCGCCACCCGCAUCCCUUACAUGUAGCUUACAUGAAACCAAUACAAACCUAGAUCAAUAAAAAUAGCAGUCACUUGAGCAGUAAAAUCAGUAAAUCAGAACAAAAUAUAUGAAAGGUUUCUUACAAUGUCCCUUGCCCAGACCUUCUUAAAGUAUGCACUUGGUGCCAAAAAUAAAAAGGCAGCACCAAGCAAACCUCUCUUGGAAGGGACCUCCAUAACAAGGUUGGAGUGUCUCAGGUUACCACUUCCCUUACUUCACUUGGCAGGGAACAUGGAGUCGGGUCGCGGAGGCAUUUCUGAAUAGCUCAUGCUCAAGAGGAUGAUCUCUGGGGAUGUCUACUUUGAAUUGUGCUUGGAUAGGGCCUGCAGCCAAUGCUGCUGUUCCAAAGCUAGUAUAAUAGAUUCCCUAAGUCUUGUUGCUUACUGUAUCUAGGGCUUUUUAUGCAAUCAAAAGCAGGGAGGCAAUAUGCUUGUUAACAGUUGAACAAGUUUGUCUGCAUGUCAUUUCAGUGUGUGGCAGAAACAAUGUCUUGAGGAGGAAGAUGUAGGUUUGGUGACUUCACUAGACAACUGAAUGGAUGAAAGCAGAAUGGUGACUGAGAGAGUCAAAAAUGCUUGGCUUUUUCUGGUGUAACUGACUAACCUGAUUCUCUUGCAUGGUGAACAUUGCAAUUUUUCAGUUACCGUAUUUUUCGCCCUAUAGGAUGCACCGUCCCAUAAGGCGCACCUAGUUUUUUUGGGGGGGAAAUAAAGGGGAAAAAAUAUUUCCCCCCCAGGCGCGGGGCUGGGGCGGGGGAAGCCCGAGCUUCCCCCGACCCCAGCCCCCAGAACAGGCAGCUCUCUGCAAGCCGUGGGAGCCCAGCGCCGGCUCCCGUUGCUUGCGGAGAGGUGCACAAAGCCUGGACGUGCUGAGCUCAGCACGCACAGGCUUCAGCAUGCAGGCAACUCUCCGCAAGCAGCGGGAGCCCAGCGCUGGGCUCCUGCUGCUUGCGGAGAGGUGCGCGAAGCCUGGAGAGCGAGAGGGGUUGGUGCGCACCGACCCCUCUCGCUCCCCAGGCUUCAGCGAAAGCCUGCAUUCACCCCAUAGGACACACACACAUUUCCCCUUCAUUUUUGGAGGGGGAAAAGUGCGUCCUAUAGGGCGAAAAAUACGGUAGUUCUUCAAUAGCUUUCAAAUAUGCAAAUAACACGCUUUUCAAAGCCUCUCCUUUCUUGUUUUGAGAGGACUGUAUCCUUCAAAAACAAACCCUUAUUAGUUUGUGUUCAGAGCUAUAAGUUUUCAGAAAAACAAAAUUAGUGGUAAAAGUUCUUUCUUAAAAGUAGCCAGCUGUAUAGGAGUCUUGAUAUGAUAAUCUGAGAAUCAUGCAAUCUGCUUAGGUUUUAGUGACCUGACUCUCUGCCUUUUAGCUUCUUUUCCCUUUCUGCCUUCUUUCAUCUAUCCAUCUGUAGUCAUUUUAGGCUUGAAUAUCUUUCUAUUCUGCUAAGAUAGCAUGGGGAGGCAAUAUCACAAACACAGCCAUGCACUUUUUAGGAAUUAAUGUAGCCACUUGUCUGUACACACCGAAGUGAGGCUUUAACCAUGGAAUUUCUUCUAGAUUCCACUACAUAUUCUGGCCAAUAUAUGCGGUAUGACUAGAAAAGUGUUUCUUGGGUUUAUAUUUGUAUGUGAAAUCUUAGUAAAAAAUAUUGUGGCUGUCAAAGCCAUAGUCUGACUGCUUGCAAAGUUUACUAUGUGUGAGGAUGCAAUUACUGUAUAUGGGAUUUGUUUGUUUGUGGAAAUCGGCAUUAACAAAAUAAUAGUCCCUUGACACACAGAUGCAUCUGAAGCACAGAGUGACAAGUAGAUGGGCAGCUGGUCUGAUCCUGCAGGGGUUUUCUUAAGUUCACAGCUGCAGCAUUGGCAAGAUAUUAUGGAAAAACUAACCCUGGUUUACACUUUGGCAAAAUUAUGGUGCUAGAAAGUUAUCUUGCACUUUUCACUAUCUGAGAAUUGGCUUUGUCUCCCAUCUUUGAUUAUCGGGGAAGGAGUAAAGAAAAGAAACUGAAAUCUGUAUAUAUUUAAAUAGGCAUAAAUUGUCAGUGAUCUGCUACACUUGGGGCAAGGAUGAGCAGUGAAAGCCAUAUUGAAAAGGGCACCAGUCCCAUACAUAAACAGUGUCUGGUGCAUAAUCCAUACUUGGUAUUCUUUUUACUUGCAUUUGCCUUUUGGAGCUCAGUUACAUAAACUGCACUGGUAGUGGUUAGCUUGUUUCAGAUUCUGUCCAGAGUUAUGCAUAUUAUAGUCAUGCUUGUGUGGAUGCUGCAGGGAAACGUACUUUGUGGUUGUCAUAAAGGUCUGGUGUUAGAAUUUUGGGCUGCAUGUCUCCUUUUUGAAGUUAGAGGCCGUAAUACUAUACUACAUAGUAUGAAAUGCACUUAAAGAAGCUAGAGUUAACUUUAUUUCUUGAACUCUAGCGUGAGGAAGUUCUGCAAAGCUGCUUUAGUUUUAUGAGGGAAGCAGCAUACUGUGUCUUCAUUCCUGUUUAGCAUCAUGCGGGAAAUAUUACUCAUCUUUGUCCCUCAGAUUUGAAUACUUCUUGAAAAUAGUACUAAUCAGCUGAAGCAGAAAUAGUAUGUUGUUUUUGUUGUCAUUUAUUUAUUUAUUUAUUGGCUUUAUUAUUCAAUUAGAAAUUGAAGGUGUGUAUCUGUCUUUGAUCCAGUUCACAUGUAACACUAGAUACCUGCAAUUCGUAGUUCCUUUCUUGUUCUUAACUAUUGUAUUGGGCUGGGUUAGUACCAAAGUGCUUCCCCCCCAAAAAAAAUCAUUUGCACCCCUCCAGUGAUAAUGUUAAUACUUGGAAACCAUGGGGGAUUCAUUCUCCUAGUAUUCAGCUUUAGUGCCCACAGGGCACUCUGCCAGCUUUCAUUGGCUUUCUUGCUUCUCUUUCCCGAAGUCUGUCACAGAUAAAAGGCAGAGUAGAGCUCCAGCGGCAAUGGAGAGUUUCAGAUCUAAGGAUGUAAGUUAUGCACUGGAAGACUUUGCCUCGGCUAUUCACUAGUAGGCCUCAUGCAGAUCACUGCUGUUGACCACCACCACCACCACAACAUGCCCUUCACCUUAAGGUCCCAGGGCAGGGUACAAUUUAAAAUAGAACAGUAAAACAUUUUAAGAACUUAUAAUUACAGAAAAUACAGUAGUGUGGAUAGUAGCAAUACUGGCUUACCUUUGGUACCCACUGCAAAAACUAAGAAGCUUCACAUAUAUUAUUGAAAUAUUCAAAGUGCUGUAAAUAUGCCAAGUAUAAAAUCUUUCUAUGCAGUAUCACCUCGAGACUUAACUACACGUCUGCUUGUGAGUCAGGCAUAUCAAAUUCGUGUUCUUUCAUACUUCCACCUAGUUUCUAAAAUGAUAGCCAUUUAAAAUCUGUCCAGUACUGUGUCUCUUCAGUUGGCAAUGUGAUUUUGACAGAAUUGAAUACAAGCAUUACCUCAGUAAGGUUUAAAGUUGCAGUAAGGAAGUGUGAAAUAUUCUAUAAGCACUUCCACAUAUGGUACCUUGACAAGGUAAGGGGCUUAAAUUUAAGGUGUGGCUCACACUGUCUGACAGCUGGUCUCGGCUGUCAUUCUGCCAAGCUGGAGUUUACUCUUGCUGAAGAAUGUUAAGGUGGCAAAAUUUGGGCAGUUCUGUUCUGCAUUCCUUGCUUUGUUGAACUGAUUCAGUGACCCAGUGACUGCAGUGAACAAAAGAGGAAGGCACAUGGUUGAAACAUUUCUAGAAUUGGGCAUACAUUUUGAAAUUUCUCCUUACUUAAAAAUUCAUGUUAAUAGUGGUUGUGAGUAAUAAUAAUAAUAACAAUAAUAAUUUUAAAGGCAUUUCUUAAAAUGGAUUUUUUUAAAAAAAACAUGAAUCCUCAAAAGGGAGCAGUAUAUUCAGCACUUAGCAGAUACUGUCCCCUGACUGAAGAUGUUCUCAGUGGGGCUGCCUUGCUGUGAUAUCACAGAAUGUUCACAAACACUUUUAACUACUCAAGAGAAAGCUGUUAAUAUCAAGGACCCAAGACAGAAGGAGCUAGCAUAGAUAGCAUUUUGCUUACUGAGAUGUUUGCACCUUCAGGUGGUUGGCAGUAUUUGUAGAAAAACGGGGAAUGAUCUGGCCAGAAGUAAACAUUUUUUAACUCAUGAAUUUUAGCAUUUGCUUAAUUUUCCCAUUGAUGUCAGUGGGACAAAAGUGUUACACUCAGGCUGCAACCUGCUUUUAUAGAGUAAAAUGAAAAUGGCUUUCUUCUGAGUAGACACAUAAAGGAUUGCACUGUAAGUUUUCUGAGAAAACGAACUUUUCCAUUCACCUAUCUGUGGUAUUCAUCUUUUUUCUUACCUUACCUUGUUAACACACCACUUACCAAAAAUAAAAUCAAAACUGCUGGUCGCAAUCAGCUUAUCUAAAUUAAAUCUAAACCAUUAUCUAUUGUAGUGAUUCAUGUAAUUUUUCUCCAAAAAAAGUAUUUAAUUGUUCCUUUUGUAAAAUGUGUUUGUGUGUUGUAUAAUGUUGUUGAUAUUGAAAUGUAAUUGUUUCCUCAACUUUAGCUGUUCUGAGGGCUAAACAAUACUUGCAAUUUGCCAGAAUGAGAGAGUAUUUUCAUAAUUUAGGCUCAGUUUGCAUGUAUCACAUUAGUUAAAUGCGAACCAUCUUAAGGCAGAUACAACUGAGUUACUAUUAUUUACACUGAAUAUUUCCCCAGUAAAUGACUGUACAGUCUGAAACAUGUUGGGAUUGGGAUAUCUAUCUGUUAUGGGAGUAGUAUUUUUUUUUUGGUUCACCUAUUUUUUUCUGUUCACCUAUUAUGUUUCCCCUUUUGCUUCCUUUUUUUUAAAGAGGAGGGAGGUACAGUACAUAUGCAAUGGAUCCAUUUUUGCUGUAUGGCAGCAAAGUAUAAAUUUGAGUUUUGGCAAAUCAUGAAAUAUAUAUGAAUUCUACAGACCUUUAGAAAAACAAAAAUGUCUUUUACUCUGAGAGCUUAAUCACAGCUGUGCACUAGACUGCAGCAAAGUCAUUUAGAACUGUACCUAGAAAGACCCAGAUUCUACCCAUGGGCUCAGAAUACCUUGUAAUGCAAAAAACAAAACCCCAAUAAAAAAAAUACAUUGGAAUGCAAAAAAACCAAACCUCAAUAAAAUAAGAUGACCCUGUUGUUGGAUACAGUUUCUAGACACCAAAUCAACAUUGCUACUUAUUUUAAAAUAUUAUUUUAAUACUGAAGGUGCACCAUGCACUGUAAAGAUCACAGAUAGAACAGUCAUAAAAUGUUUUGCUGCCUGAAAUGGAACCAAAAUGGUGCCUCCUCCUCCUGCUAGGCAGGAUGGUUGCUGGGACUCUCUUGGUUUCAAAGCAUACAGGAAUUCACACAGAAAUAGAUUUUAUAUAGCUUUCCCAUCUAUUUUGAAGAAGGAAAACUCAGCUUGGCAUGCUAUCAGAUAGUUACUCUGAUAACAAAUGGCUAUAGAAAAAGCAGGAUCCCAGUAAAUAUACAGUCUGCUAACUGAUAUUUUGGGUCCCAUGGUUUCCCAUGAAACCAACAAAAGUAUACAGGUUUCAUCCAUGCCUCUUUUCCUUCCUUCCUUCCUAUCCACAACACCAAGAAAUACAGGAUUAUAACUGAAAGCUAUAUAAUUGAGGGGAAAUGGAAGAAAUAAGGAACAGAAAUCAAAGAGGAGGAACUAGGUGCAGUGACUUCUAAUAAGAUCCUUUUUUGACAUAUGGGAGUGCUUUUUUCUUUUUUUUCUUACAUUAAGUUUCCACUUCCUAAAGUAGGCCAGAGGAUUUUGAGCAUACAUUCAUAUAUGUAAUUGGACUCUGAGAACUAACCACUGCCGCAUGUCAUGCAACAGAGUUACUUAUGAGAAAGUAUAUAAUCAUGUGUUCUGUUCCUGAAUACAAAUGUCUCAGGAGACCUUAGUACACUUGAAUCCUUAACUGGUGUCCUUAAGUUUCGGCAAAAACUUUUUCUAGAGUGUUUCAAUUAUGUAUAUUUGAAGCAAUAAAGCUGGUCUAACAGAACCACCAGCAGGAAGCUUAAAAGGGGACUCUUGUUUGUUCUUUCUGGCUCCUGGUGGCCCUUUGGCACAGAACGUAUCUUUCCACUUUUCUGGUAGAACUUUGUGUUCGCUCAUGUUGCCCUAAUGAAAAUGGCUGGGCAUACUGUAAAGAAGCAGUGAAAAAUCAGGGUCCUCUGUCUACAUUGGAACACACUAGACACACUGAGUGCAUGACUUAAGUACCACUUUCAAAUUUGAUAGUUGAAGAGUUUCAAUUAUGUGUUUUCUUUUUAUUAGGAAAAACCUUUUGGUACCUAUUUGACCGUCCCCUUUCAACAAGCCUUUUCAGUUAAAUUUUUUACCCAUCUGCAUCUGUCUUGAAAUUGUUUUGAAGAUGCUUUUAUGGUUUUAUAGUGUGUUUUACCACCCUGGGCUCCUUUGAAUAUAAUUAAUUAAUUAAUCAAUCAAUCAAUCAAUCAAUCAAAUUAUUGAGUCAAAAAGCAAAAAGAGCCAGCAUUACCUUUAACAAAAGUUUCUCUACCUAGUCACCUGUAGGUGACUUGGGCUCAGCCUAGGCCCUAGGCAACCAAGUGAGUGUCUGUUUUCAAUCCUGUUUUAAUUUAUUAACUUGGUUGUUUUCAUUCUCUUUGACCUAAGUUGAGCUACUGCUCAAGAUUUACAUUCCAUGUGUACUUGCUGGAGGGGUUCUUAAACGCCUGUUGCACAAACUUUAAAGACCAGAGUUUACUGUUAUACUUAUUUCUAACGAAUGUUGUAACUACCUGUGACUGUUUCUUUCUUUCUCUUUCAUAGAUUACCGAAGCUGGGAAAGAAACUUUGCCUUCUUGGUUGCAUUGGGAACCAGAGAGUAGCACCUUGGAAGGUCUCCCGCUUGAUACAGAUAAAGGCAUUCAUUAUAUCUCAGUGAAUUCAAUGCAUCUGGUAUCUAAUGGAAGCUAUGUGCCCCAAACCACCAAUGUCUUUUCCAUUGAGGUUCACCCAGAAGAUCAUAAUGAACCUCAGUCGGUACGGGUGGCUUCACAAGAUGUGAAUGAAGUAGCACCGUUUGUGUGUAGCGCAGAGGAACCAGUCACUAUUUUGACUGUAAUUUUGGAUGCUGACUUAACAAAAAUGACACCAAAGCAGAGGAUUGAACUUUUAAACCGAAUGAAAACCUUCUCAGAAGUGGAACUUUAUAACAUGAAAUUGGUUCCCGUUGUAAAUAAUAGACUCUUUGACAUGUCAGCCUUCAUGGCUGGCCCAGGGAACGCAAAGAAAGUGGUGGAAAAUGGAGCCUUACUAUCUUGGAAACUAGGCUGUUCUUUGAGCCAGAAUAGUGUCCCAAACAUAAGCAAUGUUGAAUCUCCAGCUAAGGAAGGUACAAUGUCUGCUCAUCUUGGCUACCCCGUGGUUGGCUGGCACAUUGCGAACAAGAAGCCUAAUGUUCCAAAGAGAAUAAGGCGGCAGAUUAAUGCUACACCAACCCCUGUGACUGCUGUUGGACCUCCGACAACAGCCCUCCAAGAACCGCCAAUUAGAAUUGUUCCUACACCCACUUCCCCAGCCAUUGCACCUCCCACUGAAACAACAGCUCCUCCAGUAAGAGAGCCUGUUCCAUUGCCUAGGAAACCCACAGUUACUAUUAGAACAAGAGGUGCCAUUGUUCAGACACCAACCCUUGGACCAAUUCAGCCAACCAGAAUGAUAGAAGCAGUUUCUACUACCCCUGUCCAGAUCCGGCCAACAAUGACUGGGCAAGUUGAACCUACUGCAGCAGUUACACCGCCCACGACAAAGAAACCAAAAAGAACCACGCCAAAACCGUCCACACCAUCAACCACCGAUACGAGCACGACACGAAGAACUCCCAGACCCACCAAAAUUCCUCGACCUCCAAAGACUCCCGGGACUACUAAAUCGCCUUUCAUUCCACCAGAAAGAGUUUCGCCACCAACUCGCAUACGCACCACUACAGUUGGAACUCCCCGUGUGCCCAAUGAUCCGCCAGAACUGAAAAACCACAUUGACAGGGUUGAUGCGUGGGUGGGCACGUACUUUGAACUCAAGAUACCUUCAGACACUUUCUAUGACAAGGAAGAUACCACCACUGAUAAACUGCAGUUGACCAUGAAACUAGAAGAUGAGAAGCCAUUGGAAGAAAACUCGUGGGUGCAGUUCAAUAGCACUAGUCAGCUAAUGUAUGGACUACCCAAUCGCACACACUCAGGCAGGCAUGAAUUUUUCAUGCAUGCCACAGACAAAGGGGGCCUUUCAACAGUGGAUGCAUUUGAAAUAUUUGUCCAUGGUCUUGGAGCCGACGAGGUGCCUCCCGUUAAAUUUAAAGCCGCAUUAGAGGGAGACUAUACUACAGUUGUCAAUGACAUUCAUAAGAAAAUUUUGUUGGUGAAGAAGUUGGCUUUUGCCCUCGGAGACAGAAACAGUAGCACUAUUACCAUAGAAAACAUUGUCAACGGCUCCAUUGUAGUUGAGUGGACAAACAAUACUCUGCCUUUGGAUCCAUGCCCCAAAGAGAUGAUUCGCACCAUGAGCAGAAAAAUUGCUGAUAAUUCUGGCAAGCCAAGCCACGCUUUCAAGAAUGCCUUAGCGCCAGAGUUCCCGGCUAAGAACAUUUCCGUUAUUGGUGCUGGUAGCUGCGGACGCAUUCAGUUUAUUCCUUUCUAUAGAGAAGGACUUCCUACAACGGCACCGCCUACAGUUGUGCUUCCACGGGAUCCAGAAAAGACGAGCGAAGACGAUGUGUACCUCCACACGGUCAUCCCCGCUGUGGUGGUGGCAGCAAUCCUGCUGAUUGCUGGGAUCAUUGCUAUGAUUUGCUAUCGCAAGAAGAGAAAAGGCAAGCUCACCAUAGAAGACCAAGCCACCUUUAUCAAGAAGGGAGUGCCCAUCAUCUUUGCCGAUGAGCUGGAUGACUCCAAGCCUCCCCCUUCCUCCAGCAUGCCGCUGAUUCUACAGGAGGAGAAAGCCCCUCUCCCGCCCCCAGAGUACCCAAAUCAGAAUAUGCCAGAAACUACCCCGCUCAACCAAGACACCAUAGGAGAGUACACGCCACUGCGAGACGAAGACCCCAACGCACCGCCCUACCAGCCACCCCCUCCCUUUACAGCACCCAUGGAGGGCAAAGGCUCCCGUCCGAAGAACAUGACCCCAUACAGGUCUCCACCUCCCUACGUCCCCCCUUAAUGAACAAGAGGCGCUUGCGGAGAUGGGGCCUAUAGUUCCACACCAGUGUUGUCUGUAGGGGUCGGUGGCCUGCGAAUCCGUUACCAAUUAGGACACCAACAUACAUAAGCUCAAACGUAGCCCGGUCCCGGCAGGCCCUCUCUCCGAAUGCGUUUGCUACACCACAGUGCUUGUGGAAUUUUCGGGACACUGAUUUUAUUUUUGCCUAACAGCUUUUGUUUUGUUUAUUCAUAGAGGGGGGGGGAAAUCUACUUGGCUCAAAAAGUAUUUCUGACAGCAGGCGUCUCGAAGCAUCUUGUGCAAAGGGAGAAUGGCUGGACAUGCAGGCAGCGCUAGGGGUGGCACGCUGGGUCUCUGCUGUUUGCCUUUAAAACUAACUGUACUGUUUUUUCUAUUUCACGUGUGUCUAGCUACAGGGCAUAACAUGAAAUGUAGCCUAAAAAAUUAAAACCGGAGGACUUUCUGAGGUCAAUGUUAAGUUUUUACAUUUAAUUGCUGUUACCUAAACUUGUAUGUAUAGAAUGGGGAGGGGGAGGGGAAAUGCUUUACUACAAAUAAGCUCCAGGGGUGUUUCCAAUGCCAGUCAGGCUGAGGGACCGUCUUUUUUAAUCAAAGGAAUCCUAUUUUUUCACACAUUAUACAGUUCAGUCAUCAGCUGGGGUCCUUUUUGCAAACUGUAGAGCGAGCUCUUGUUGCUCCAGCCUGCCAUUGCUGGACCGAUGCCAGGCCGAUAGCCGUAGGUUUCUGAAAAAGGGAUGGAGUUUGGAGAGCUCUUUGCAAUUACCGAAAAGAAAAAAGAAGCGAGAGAGAGGGUUGAAUCUAGCUAUGUAGCAGCAUUUGCUGCCUUUCGGAAACUGGGGCCCCAACAGUGGUAGCUACAGGCUGCAAGGGUCAUGGUGCUGUGCUGAGAUUUUUCAUCUGGAAGGCAUCCUUUGGCUUUCGAAACACUCUUGAGAUAUUUUGGUGAAGAUGCAAUAUUUUUAUGUAGUGUAAUGCAGUUUCCUCACAUCAAGACUCCUCCUGGACCACAGUAUUGGAACAGUCCCUCUUCCCCCCCGAUCACUCACUGCUGUCCUCUGCACACACACAGACGCAAUAGUAGCUGUCUGGCGGUUGGCAAAAUAAAAUAAAAAACUCGUGCGCGCCAGAAAUAGUUCAUAGCAAAAAUCAGUGAACUCUCAGCUCUAAUUUUUUACUAAAUUUUUGAUACAGCCUCAAAUUGUUUUAUUAAAAAAAAGUGAUUAAAAAUGGUAAUGCUGCCAGCAGUUUGUAUGAGCUUAGCUUCUUAGUAUCAAUUCAACGGGACUGACUGCUUUGCUCAUUUUGGGUUUUUUCCCCUUUCUUUUUGGUCUCUCAUAGUCAUUGUUUUUAAAUAUUAGAGCCAUGUCUAGGUUUCUUGCCUUUUUAAAAAAAUGAACUUCCACAUGUCUCUCCUGGGAAGUUGGAGUGACUGUCAAGGUCACCCCCAUGCCUUUCUCCCCCCCUUUCAACAAAAUGAUUUUAAGCAUGAGUUAUUAAUUUUUCUUGUCCAUUUGAGACUAUUUUUGGUACAUUAGAGGGAGGAAAAGCCCUUUGCAAUAAUUAGUCCAUCCCCUGGCUGGGGGCUGGGCAGCCUCUGGCUGACUUUGCACACAAAGCAGACACUUUUAAGCCAUAUUGACUGUUUUGCAAAGUAUGAUGGUGUGCUGACAUGGCCAGUUAACACACUAGUGGAUGAAUGGCUAAAAUGGCCUUCACCUCUGAACUUGCUAGGGUGGCAUUUCCCAUCAAGCCUUUUUUUGACUGAUUGAAUAGGAUUUUGUCUAUUAAAACAAUUGUUAAUUUGACUAUGGCCCCAUAUAGUUCUGCACUCUGCUUCUGCCCCCUGAGGUGGGCUGGAGGGGUUUGUGUUGAAGUGAGGGUGACUGUAAAGAAUGCUUCAGGUUUAGCCUUUGUCUAGUUUGACAGGUAUAGAUUUGCCCUACAAAGUUUUUUUUCCCUUAAAAAAACAACAACACACCUCUCCUCUGUCCCUUCAGUGCUUGAAAGUUGGUGUGUGUCUCAGAUGAGGAGAAGCGAUGGAUUCCGCUCCACACACAGGAGAGCUGGUUGAAGGGAAAGGGAUUAAGUGGCACCACUUAGGGCAGACUGCUUUUGAACAGACACUAGAAAUACGUUUGUAAGAAUGCCUCCCCCCACAAGCUAGCGACCAUGGCAGCACAGUGCCAAAAUCUAUACUGGCAGGCCUGCAUUUCAGAUGUCUCCAAGUUAUCAACACACACAGCCUCCUAAGCCCAAAUGCUGCAAGUUAGAAGGGCCUUCCAAACAGUGCCGUUGUCCCUAGCAACUGAUGCCACUUUAUAAUGGUCAUGCGCAAGCGCAAACGGUUUCAGGCCUGGGCCUACCUGUCACCAUAGAAACUGGAGGCGAAGGGGCAGUGAACAGAAUAAUAACAAUGGCAUUCUCAUCAGCCGCCUUCCCCCUAAGCACCAGUGCUGUUUAUUUAUGCCACUAGACACUGUAAUGGUGGGAGAAAAUCUUGUAUUAAAAGUGUUCACCAACCACUGAUGUGUUUUUAUGUCCUUAUAUAAUUAUUUUAAAAAUGUGUUUUCUGCAUUCUGUAAAGAAACAUAUCAACUAAAUAAACCAGUGUACUUUACUACAAACGCAGAGGCUAGUGAGCUCUUCCGUUAGACCCCUCUGGGUUCCCAGCACACAAUAUUCCCAUAACAUAGAAAGCUCAGACUGGAAAAGAAGCUGUAGAAAGUGCAGGAGAAGAAUCCCAUUGAUCUCGAGGGUGCUCUGUUGAGUGCGGUAAGUGAGCUCCAUUCUGCUUUGCAUAAUUCAAGACUGUAUACUCAUUACUGGCUUAAAGAUUUUACAGUUUAGGAGAUGUGAGAAACAAAGCACAAUGAUAUCUGCUUAAAUCCUCCCCGGUGAUGAAAGAAAGAUUUAUUUCUCCAUUUUUUAAAAAAAGAAAAAGGUCAGAGUGAAGUUGACAAGUAGUACAAAGGUUGCGUUACUGGAAAGAAUUAUUUUGAGUGUCAAACCAAUAAAAGCCUUCAAAUACCAAGGCACCGUUCUCCAUAUACGUUACAAAUAUAUGUUAUGUUGUUUUGUC